GCUCAUUUGCAUAUUCAUUUAUUGUGCUCGCCAUUUUGGUAGCACUGAGAUAGGGCAGAAAGCCAUUUAUAAUCUGUAAAAAUCAUAGCCAUCGGUCUAUAUUUUUUUAAUUUUCCACUAUCAUUUUGUUGGAAAAUUUUUUUACCCACGAGAACGGGCCUGCGUAAGUAUAUUAAUAUACUUUAUUGCCUUCAAUUUUUUUAACCCUGUCAAGGGUAGUCGAUCUUUGUUCUGCGAUUGAAUUUUUGAGCUAAGACUAAGGCAAUGACCCGCAAAUAAAAUAAUAGAACUGUAAAAAUAUCUAAUAGCAGAAAGUGCAUUAUUUUUAUAACUUAGUGAACAUUUCUCCAAUUUAAAAAAAUCACAUUGAUGAAAGGUAUUUGCGAAAUCUCACAUAAACGUCCAGAUUGAUAUCGUUAUCCUGACUAGAUGUGGACUUUCCACAUUCCGAUUGGCGAUUUGUCUGUCAAGUAGCCGCAAGCGCAUCGCCUACUUGGGAGGGAACUAGAAACUUUUGGGUCUGAUGCAAACUAUAUAAAAACUUGUAUCUAAACCCUUUAUUUCAUAAAUAAUUAACAAAUGUGAUGUGUAUUUUCAGUUAUUUACCUUAGUUACAGCUAUUAAACCUAUUAUUACAGCAAAAACUCAACAGUAAGAUCAAGACCACCCCUACAUUAGUCCUAAACUAAAGCCUAAAGUUAAAGCUAAGGCCAAGGCCUACUUCAUACUAGCAUGUCUAUUUGACAAACGGAAAAGCACUCUUUGAUUCAUAUGAAUAUGAGCAUAUCUCCACACUCUACAUAUUUGAUUUUCAAUUUGAAGUCAUGGCACCCGAGGCAUUUUUUUUUUAGUAUAGUCUAAAACAAUAGUAUUGUCUCAUCAUUGGUAAAUAAAUGAUUGGUAACCUGUCUCAUUUGUACCUCUAUGACUUAUGUGUGAAGUAUGUUAUAUUUUACUGUUACAAUAAUCUAUUUAAAUUGUUUGUGAAGACUUUGACUUUGCCAUUGUUAAGUUUUUAACUUUGCCAUUGUUAAGUUUUUAACGGUUUAGUCACUUGGGCAUGUUAAUGCUGUAUUGUUUGUAUUACUAGUCUAUUAUUAGUAUUAGUGAAAUCAGUUAUACAACUGAGGCCAAAUGUAUUUGUAAUUUUCCCUAAGCUUAUUAAAAGUUUAAUUUGUAUUGAGUCCGUGCCAUGUCUGGACAUGUAAUUGUAGUAGGCCUAGGUUAAAUUUUACUAUACAUUAAUGUAUGUAAUGUAGUCAGUAUGUUAGUUACAUCAUUGUGGCUACUAUAUAACAGUAUGAGUAUGUUGCCUACUAUUUAGAGAGUUUUGGCUAAUUGUUCUAAAUUGAUGUUUCUUUAGUUAAACAUAGCCUUAAAUGGGCUAAAUAAUAACCAUAGUUGCUUAAUAUCAACUAUAGGCAUAGGCCCAUUCCAGUUAAUUUUGGGUUAGCAGUAUGGGUUUUGCCAAGAGUUUUCACCUUAAGCCUGGUGAUAUCACUUUGAAUUUGGGAAAUCCCAACGCCAACACUGGACUAAAAGAAUCGACAGAUUGUUGGAUCUAUACAAUAUGUUUGAUAAAUUUCCUGUACUUCACUGAGCAUUAAUCAAGUAAUAAACAUAUCUGGCAAUCGAUAUAGUUAAAGGUAAUAUGAAGAACAUUAAAAAAUUUUCAUUAAUUUUUAUUAAAAUUCAACUUACAAGGUUUAAAAUAAAUGAAAAAAAGAAACACUUCCUUGCUAAUAGGCCUACCCUAAGAUGAAUACUGGUUUGGGGAAAAAGAUGCACCUAAAAGUGCUGCCUUUGAUUAGUUGAAAAUCGAAUAACCCUUAAACUAAAAUUUCAAUAACAAAAGAGGAGACUACUACUUGAUUUGUCAUUGGUAUACAUUUUUCAUAGUUAGAUAGUUACAAUUUAUUUAUAAUUGCAUAAAAUUUUUAAAAUUACUUUUUAAAAUUAGCAUAUAUACUGAAAAUACAUGUUGUAUAAUAUUAUCAUUAAAACAAAAGUUAUGGUGCAAACGGCAGAUUGGGGUUACAGCCAGAAUGUGGAGAGAAGACCCAUGGUAGAAAAGACGAACUCGGUAAAUGUGCAGUUAACUGCUUGAGUUUUUGCCAAGAGUUGUCUCCCCGUAAGUGCAGUGAUGUCACUUUGGGGGAUCCCAACACUGGACUUAUGGUGACUGGACCUGAUUUAAGCUGAUGAAUAUAAAUGAAUUAAAGUUUAAUGUAUCCAGAAAUUAAUGUUUGAUAGAAAUAUAACAUUAACCCUUACGGUACUGAUCUACUUUUUGCUUUUAUUGUCUCAGUACCGGCCAUUAAUUGGCUAAUUAUUCCCUGUGGCCCAGACAUUAUUUUGGAAUGAGUCAAAAUUUGAUAGGAUUGUUAAUUUAUUUUGUAACUUUUUUGUUUCAAACAAUUGAUAACAUGAAGAGAAUUAUCUGUUCAGAAAUGGAUAAGGGUGUUAAAAAAAACAUUUUUAAUCUCAAUUAAAACUCAAUAAUAUUUUCAGAACAAAAGGUUUCAUCAAGUGGGCGUAAGUUGCCAUCAAUAAUAGCGAUUAGGUAGCGCCAUGGAAACAACAAAUACAGAUCCGUUAAAAAAACUCAGUAAUUGGUCGAUUUUCAUAAUUUAAAAGGCAAAUUAAAAUUUGACUAUUCCCCUAACGAAUAAACAUUCUGCCCGACACUGGGGUGAAAGGUUAUAUCCUAGUUUCUGUGUUUUUAUUAGAUACCCCUCUAUGUGGCAAAUAGACGCGCUUGGGCCACAGGGAAAACGAUUGGCUGGUGAAAAAAAGGCGCGCUUGGGUCACAUGGAAAAAUUAGGUCACUGCAAAAAGAUGCGCCGUGUACUGUAAUGGUUAAAAGCGAAAAAAUAAUGACCUUUCGGACGAACACAUGCUAGAUAUAGACUAACAGCACUAAAGCACACACAAAUAGAAACGGAAACAAGAUUUUUAAAAAUCUGUUUUUUUAAAUUCAAAUCAUGUAAUCGCCAGAAGUCUUGAGGGAUGCUAUGUGCAGGGACAUAUUUGGACUCAUCUGUUGGGACAUGCGAAGAGCACAUUUAGUCGAAACCGUCUGGAAUGAGUUAAAAAACAAUCUAUCGAUUCAUACAGUUAAAAUGAAAAACAAAUUUGCCCUUCAGUUUUUAUUAAAAUUCGACUUACAGGGUUCAAAUGAAAGAAAAAGAGAAAUCCAUCCUUGCUGACACCUCGAGAUGAACACUGGAAAAAAAAGAAAGACAUGUGCAUUAGGGGUGUGCCGGAAACCGGUUCCGCCGGAUUUUGCACUAUCCGGUGAAAUCCGGUUCCGCCGGAUUUUGCACUAUGCGGUGAAAUCCGGUUCCGCCGGAUUUACAUGUAUCUGGAACGACCGGAAUCUGGAAUAUACCGGAUUUCGGAAUUUGCCAGAUUUUGUGACUCACCGGAUCAUAAUCUGAAAUACAAGUAAUUCUCUUUCCCGAAUUCCACACGAUCACGAUACAUUAAUCGAUUGUUUCGAGCGUUGAGCUUGUUUAAUGUUUAAUAUUCCGAACAUACCAGAGGCUAGAGUCAGCACCGCUAAUAGUGGCCAAUAGUGUAGGGACUUUGAUAAGAAAAUUUAAACUUUUUGUAAAAAUAAACCAAUGGCAUAGUUGAAAAGAUGUAAUUUUUUAAAGAAUUAUAACACCAAAAUCAUAUUUUUAGCUGUUGUAGUUUUAAAGUUAUGAAUUUUUAAAGUACGACUUGGUUUGUCAUUUUUUAACAUGGACUGCAUCUCCACAUUCUGUGAUCUCAUUCCGCCAAUCCCGUCAUGCGCAAUGACUAUAUAGUUUAUAUAAGGCAACGCAUUCCCUGCCUUAUCACUAAAAUACUGUUUAGACUUAGUUUAAACUUUCAACUUUGGCACAUGAAUAAUUAAUUAAAGCUUUCCCUGACCAAUGGUUUAAUAGUUUUUGCACACGGCAAACUCUUAUGAAUGAAACUCUGAGGUAGUACUACGAUACAGUUAUGCAAGUGGCUGUGAAUGGUUGCCAAUGACAACGUGUUGCACACGGUAAAUUCUGAUCAUUUAUAAUAUGGAUUCUACCAGGUUGUUAAAGCUCAAAUUAAAACAUUCCAGUUUAAAUGUCUUUAAAAUGCAUUCUGAAACACAAGUUAUCAAUUAUUUUGAUGUAAAUAGUGAUAAUAAAUUAAUAUUUCCUAAGUAUCGUCAUCUUCCGCCAUUAAAAAGGGGGGGCCAUGGCGAAAUUAGAUUGAGCGAGCUGCAUGACAUGCUGCGAAUGCGUAGAAACAGGGCGUCUCUCGUAAGACACUUAUCCAAAUGGAACGGAACUCAAAUAUAUAUCGAAAGUACUAAUAUAAUAAUAAAUAGACACACAUCGGAAAAUUAAAAACUCGGAUUUUUUGGCGCCGAUUGCGAAUUCCCAUACACAAAAAGUAGUAGUCCACCUUGACUUACCGAAGUAUCUACCAAUAGUACCAAAAUCCGGGAGAAACCGGAAUCCGGAUUAUUCCCGAAUCCGGAUCCGGCGGAUUUCACAUAAGAAAAUCCGGAUCCGAUUGGAAAAAACGGAUCCGGCACACCCCUAAUGUGCAUGGUUAAAAGUGCUAUUUUUUAUUGGUUGAAAAAGAAGUAUCAGUAUGCUAUUCAUUUCUAUAAUGUCGCAAUUUAACAGGACAUUUCAAUACAAAAUUUAUUUUUUUAAAUUCUGGGGCCGGUUAGACCCCUGCCCUUCUUUCAAGACAAAAAUGAGAAGGAAAAAAAUACUUAUAAUAAAUACAGAGCUAAAUUUUGAAGUCUUUUGAAACUAUGGCGGGUAGUUGACCUGGGAACCUCCAUGACCUAUAUACUAUGAAAGACAUUGCCGGCCCUGACGCCAACUGCAUUUUAAUCAAAGCCACAAACUCUAACUACGAAAAUUUAUAGCUUAAAAACUACUAAAGAAAUUGAUUUUGGUUUCAUUUUAUAAAUUAAAGUUUGUUCUAUUAUCCUGUACUUUGAUAAUUUUUUUGUACUACAGUACCUAAUCAUUUCAUGGGACAUUUCACCAUAAUUUUCUGGGGAGGGGAGUCAUUAUGGACUACUUAAAAAUAAAACCUAUGCAUUUUACACAGUAACACAAAGCAAAUGUGAAAAUGGAGAAUUAAAUAAUUAUUCCUCAAAUAGGUAUCUCAAAAAAUAAAAUUUAAUUUUUUUUCUUUUUCAGAUACUUGCGGUUCGUUCAGAGGGUCUAUGAUAAAACCUUCAAUGUUUGAGCUUCGGCAAAAUGUCCACUAUUUCGGGGAUUGGCAGUAAAGGGGAGAAGAAUAAAAGUAAAUACAAGAGUAUAGACAUCAACACUCUGUACAAGGGGAAAAGUGUCGAGACUCAGAAGUCAGCUGGUAAAUUUUUCAAUUAUUUCUUAUCCAUUAGUACAUAAAUAAUACAUAAAUAAACAUAAUACAAAUUUGCAGUUCAAAUGGAAACCAUUUCAUCGAAUAAUGAAAAGAUGAGAAUCCAUUGUUAUUUUAUUAGAGAUAAAUUAGGUACCAGUAUUCAUUUCUGUUGCAAUAUUGGUGGUCUUGAAGUUUUAAAAUGAUCUUUUUGAAAUCUUUUAGUACCUCGGCAACAUGGGCUUCAAAGCUUGGGCAAAGUGUCCAGCUUGCGGCGUAUGCCGCCUCCGGCAAACUUACCCAGCUUAAAGAGUGAGAACAGCGGGAACGACCCCAGCAUCAGCCUUGUCCCGAGUGGGGGUUCGGGUAAGUUUAAAUAAUUAUAGUCUAUUUAUAAAUACUCUGUGAUAAAUACUCUGUAACUUUAUUAAAGUACCCCCUAACUGUAGGGCAUACAAAAUUAAGUUUUUUAAAUUUAAGAGCUAUCUAUUAUAAUUUAGGAUGGGUGUCGAAGGAAGAGAAGAAAGAGGGCAGUGGAGGUGGAGCUCAGCCGCCAUCGUCGCAGCCGCUGCAGGCCACGCCCACGCAGCAGCAACAACAGGUGCCACCACAACAAACAGCUACCAAGGUGUGUAAAUUUUACACCCAGCAUUUUUAGGAAGUGUUUUAAGUACUCUCGUGGUGAUUUCUUAAAACUAUUGCAUGGCUUGAAAAAUGAAGUGCAUUUAGAAAUUGUAACUUCAUGUAUGGUUACUGCCAGGCUUGCACCAAUUAUUUGCAGAUUAUCUGCAAUUAAUGUUACCAUUAUAUGGUAACAAAUUGUUUAAAAAAUAACUAAGACAUAUUAAACUGGGAGGAAUGAUUUGUAUCUGAUCGAAAAUUCAAUAUAACAUUGAGAGAUAAUAACGGAACACUUAAUCAUCAUAUAAAACUUAUUUACUAUAGAACUUUAUCAUUUUUUGGUUUAAAAAUGUUGUUAACUUGAUAUUGGCAAAAAGGAGUUGGUGAAAUUAGAUUAAUUGAACUUGUAACUCCAGUGUCUGAAGAUGAAAGUGCAAACCAAAUGAUGGUUAUAAUUUUCUGUUAACUAUGAUGACUACUCAUCACCCACUUACUGAUGGUUUGCAUUACAUAUUUCCUUUCAGGCACUUACUUGUACAGUUAUUGUUAAAAAAAUUUAAAGCGUUCUCAGUCUUAAUUAUCUACUAAAUGAGCUUUGGUGUUGUAAAUCAAAGAAUUCAGUAAUUUAUAAUAAAUCAUAUAGAAAAAUGUUCCCCAUAUGGUGGUCCAUGGACUGGCACCAGUCUGCAAGCCUUGUGUUGUUGUUCUGCAUAACGUGAAUAUUUAUGGUCAAAUAAAGAAAUAAAGCUGGCACCAGUACCUGGUUCAUUUUCAAAACUGGUCUACAAAACUUAAAUUUUAAGAAAAGCUAAUCUGGAAACACAAUAUAAACAUCUGAGAAGAAUCAAAACACGACACAGCCAAAUGAAACUCGUUUUAAUCUUUAAAUACAUCUGUGAUGUGAUCUCUGCUAUGGUUCGAGUGGAUAGGACAGUCUUUAAAAAAUCUAAAAGCUAUUUAGUUUUUACAAUAAUGACACCUGAUAGUGACCAAUCAGUGGCUAAUUUGAGGGUUCAGUUGCAAGGUUCAAGGUUAGACUACUGUGGCUGUACUUGCUUCUAUUUCCUCACCAAGCUAUUGUUUUAAAAUAUGGUUUACUCUUAAUCACCUAACCCAACCGUAGCGCUAUAAUUUUUAAAAAAGUAAAGGUCUUUCAUGAUACUAUUUUUAUUUUUUUACAAUUACAAUUUUACAUUUCCUUCACUGUAUUUUUGUACAGUUUCUGAACUCAUUUGCAUUAUAAUCCUGUUUAAUUUUAUCCGCUCAUAAAUAUAUAGCUAACACUUAUUAUCGCUUCAGUUCUUUUUUGUUCUGUUUGUGGAAAUUCUGAUCAAACCAAAUGAUGCUUAUGUUUGUCUGACUUAAAGAUGACCACUCAUCACCCACUUACUGAUGGUUUGUUUUAAGAGACGUAUAUUAGACUUUUAUCACUAUAUUUUAAACUCAUUUGUACUAAAUAAAUUAAGCAAUUAUCCACAUAUGGGCAAAAUUCAUCAUAUUUCCUAGUAUUAUCUUGAUACAUUUUCUCUUCUGUAUUUUGAGGGCCCACGAUCAAUGUAUUGAUCAUUCUGGCUCCUAUGUUUCAGAGGGGUUUGCAAUGUAACUACAUGGUUUUGAAGGGGAUACUUCACUGAUUGCAAGGGCUAAUCAGCGAUGGUAUUAUGAACUGGGGGUUGGAAGACAGGAGACAAUAGAUGCAAAUGUCAAGUGUAAUAGCCUUCAUUGUUGCUUUUGGAAGAUUGUCUUUAUCAGGAAUGAGGAGUUCCUGUACUGAGUUCUAGUUGAAAACACUGGGCUGGUACAAGAUAAAGAAUGGGCUGGUCCACUGCUCCAGCAUUGAACAGGAACUCUCUUCCUCUCCCUAGACAGUGACAAGGCCAUGACAGGCAGUUUCAGCAUGCUGCCAACACUUAAGGUGUCUCUGUAGCUGUUCAGGACAAAGCGUGCUGCCCGUCGCUUGAUUGCCGCCAACCUGUCAAUGCUCUUCUGGGGCAAUGGGUCCCAGACUGAAGAAGUGUACUCUAAAAGCAGACUGAAGAAGCAUACUCUAAAAGCAGCCGAACAAAGGCUUUAUAGGCGUUUUCUUUCACGCUGGAGUUGCGGAUCUUCAGAUUUUGCCUCAGGAACCCUAGGGUUUGCUUUGUUGCACACAAUGUUGAUGUGCUCUUCCCAGUGGACUUCCUUUGAAUGUUAACACCGAGGUACCUUACAAAGGAAUCAACUCAAGAAUAUGGCCAUAUUCUUAAGAGUGGCGUGGACGGGUUCUGCUUCUGAAGAAUAACAGGGCCUGGCACUUCACUGGUUGAAAUUCCAUGUCCCAGCUCAGCUCCCACUCAGCUAACCAGGGGUGCCACUUUUCUGGGAUUCUGGAUUCGCAAGUUUUUAUUUUCUCUCACUCCGGAUUUGCCAGUUCAGUUCAUUCAAAUACGGAUUCUGAGUUUUAAAAAAAAAAUUCAGCAUUUAAGAACAUACGAAAGCCUAUUCAGCGAGAGCAGGUUCGCUAUUAAUAGAACAGGUGCUGCGACCUCUCGCUUUUGUUUGCAAGCUUCUCACUUUUGUUAGUAAUCAUCCACAAGAAAUGAUUUCUACAAUUUGAGUUUGGUUUAGUUUCAGCAUUUGAAAAAUUAGUAAAUGAAGUUUCAGUGUUUAUCAAACCAAAUGAUGCUUGUUAUUGUCUUACUCCAUGAUGACUACUCAUCACCCACUUACUGAUGGUUUGUUAUAAAAGAUGUAUUUUACACAUCUAUCACAGUUUUUUACCAUUUCAAAUCCAAGUUAUAGUAAAAUUAAUAAUUUUUGAAUUAAUAGAAAAUUUGAAUCUGUCAAAUCAUUUUACUUUAUAUGUGGUUGGUUGUGUUAUUAACAGUAACCUGUUUAUAUUGUCAACAUAUAAUAUACAGCCAGAUGAGCCUUUAAGGUCGAAUUAGACUAAUCUGAAGUAUGUCUGUUUUACCCUUUCUUAGUUAUAUAACAUGGACAUAAACACUUUAUCGCUUCUCAGUGUUUAUCAAACCAAAUGAUGCUUGUUAUUGUCUUACUCCAUGAUGACUACUCAUCACCCACUUACUGAUGGUUUGUUACAAAAGAUGUAUUUUACACGUCUAUCACUAUUUUUUACCGUUUCAAAUCCAAGUUUUAGUAAAAUUAAUAAUUUUUAAUUAGAAAAAUUGAAUCUGUCAAAUCAUUUUACUUUAUAUACAAAGUUGAUACAUUUUACCAGUGGGUGUUUGUGUUUUUAACAGUAAUCUGUUUAUGUUGUCAACAUAUACAGCCGGAUGAGCCUUUAAGGUCUAUUUAAAACUUAGUCUGAAGUAUGUCUGUUUUACCCUUUCUUAGUCAUAUAACAUGCACAUAAGAAACACUUAUCACUUCUCAGUGUUUAUCAAACCAAAUGAUGCUUGUUAUUGUCUUACUCCAUGAUGACUACUCAUCACCCACUUACUGAUGGUUUGUUAUAAGAGAUGUAUUUUACAUGUCUGUAACUGUUUUUACCAUUUCAAAUCCCAGUUUUAGUAAAAUUAAUGUUGGAAUUAAUUAAAUAGAAAAUUUGAAUCUGUCAAAUCAUUCUACUUUUCAUACAAAGUUGAUACAUUUUACCAGUAGUUGUUAGUGUUUUCAACAGUAACACUUAUCACUUCUCAGUGUUUAUCAAACCAAAUGAUGCUUGUUGUUGUCUUACUCCAUGAUGACUUCUCAUCACCCACUUACUGAUGGUUUGUUUACAUAUUUAAAAACAACUUUUUAACCCAGUAUGUAUUUUUUAUUCAAAAUUACCAGAAGCUGAUCAUACUAUUUUUAUAUAUAUUUAUAUUUAAAAUGUUAUAUUUUUUAUUUAAAAAUUUGAAAAAUUCACCGUUGUUGCUUCCAUUUUAUCAAAAGUAAUGAAAUAAUUUUCUUCAGGGUUAUUUUACUUCUUUUCGUAGCUUCCUACCUUUCCUCAUUGGAUUACACUUCAUUACCCACUUAGUGUUGUUGUUUUUUUGUACAUAAUUUAUUUCUUACUCUACAAAUUUCCUUUAAAUAAUGUUAUGUUUUAUUAUUUUUUUCUUUAGACCAACACCCCUUCUGGGGGGCAAAGCAGUACGGGUGUAAGGUCUUGGAGCAAUGUUACAGGGGGCAUCCAACAAGGUAGGUUUUUUUUUUUUUUUUAACUACAGGAACCUCUUCUUUCAAUUUGGGUAAGGGUAACAAGUAACUGGUUUAUUACCAUUUUUAAAUUACUUAGAAUAUAUCUUAGUAACUGCUCUCAACAAGCAAUUGGUUUACACAUUUUUAAUACAAGAAAAUUUCCGUAAAUUUUGUUUCAGGGGGAUUAGUAAGUCAUCAGUCACCAUUAUUUCAAGAGGAAUUUCCAAGUUUAGCACAAGAGGAAAAGAGCAAAGAAACAGCACAGCCUAUCAAAAAAGAAGAAGACAUCAAGGAUACUCAAUAUGGACCAGGGCCAAGCUUGCGACCACAGAGUAAUGAUGUUUUGUGUGGUUCAAAUAAUAGAAUUUAGUUAGCAUUUGAUUUUUUAUUAUGAAUAAUAAAAAAUUGUAUUCCCAAUUUUCAUCAGAUGGUUAUAUCUUUGAGAUGUGUUUCAAUAAAUAUUUUGUUUAUUAUUAUGAAUAGAUGUUGCAAGUUGGCGAGAGGGCGGCGGGCGUGCAGUGCCACAGCCCAAACAAGACGAACCCACUAUGAACACUCAAAGCUUGAACCUGAUCGAAACACAGUCCAAUGGCCCCCAGAUGUCCGGUGGGAGUGGCAGUGGGGCGGGGGCUGAAAUAUCUUCUCAGCCUAUGCCACCUCGCCCAAGCUCAGGUCAUGGGCCUCCACAUGGAUCAAUGCCUAUGGGCCCACCCAUGGGAAUGCCACCACCACAAUAUAGAGGCAUGAUGCCUCCAUAUGUAAGUUUCCAACUUGUAUUUCUUUUUAAGAUUAGGCUAAUGGCACACAGACAAACUGUAUUUUAUUAAGAUUUUUGUUGGUCAGUAUGGUGUAUGCAACAUUGCUUAAUUAAUUUCAGAUGUUUGGGAGAAUGCCUCCAGGAACUUACCCACCAAACUAUCCUGGAUUUCCUCGACCACCUUAUCCUCAUGAGGCUAGGUGAGUUUUAGGCCUGUUCAGAUUUUUUAAAAUAGCUUUUAUCUCAAAUUAAUUUGUUUUUAAUAUGCAUAGUUUAAUCAUUUUCAUCAUAUUGUAAUAGCUUAGCCAUAAAGUAUGGUAGGAAGCAGGGUGUUUUUUUUUUUGUCUAAUCUUUUUCAAAUCUUUAUAAAUUUAACUUAAAAGCUUCUCAUAGAUUUGUUUGUACAGAAAAUAUGAUUGAGACAUUAUUCUGUUGUUGCUGUGAUGAGUUAGAUAUCUGUCAAUCCAAUGAGUAAUAUUGAUUACAAAAUGAUAUCUGAGCAACUUUGAUUGUCACACCUCUUCUAAUUUGUAAUCAAGCUCAUUAUUAUACAUCUUUUAACAUGUGUUGAUAGUCAGGUGUAAUGCCCUAUUCUUUUGAUUAUCAUCAAUUGUAUCUUUUGUUGUUGUGAUGAUGAGUUUAAAAUAUGUCAAUCCGAUGACUAUUAUUAAUUACAUUUUGAUAUACAAACAAAACUAUUUUAUUAAACUCACCUCUACUUUUUUGUAUUUAGUUUCUUUGUAAUACAUUUAUGAAAAUUUGUUUGUCAGUUAAAAUGCCCUUGUUUUUAUUAUCAAUUUACUCAUGGAUACAUUUGCUGUGGCAUAAUAGUCACAAGCCAGGAGAGGUUGCAAGAUGAGACCCAACUCUCGCUGCUCCAUAACACUGACAUAUUGGCAUGUUUAUAGCAUUUUUUCUUUCAUAUGGUACUUUCCAAAGAGAAGCUGGUGGGGUUGUUUUUUUUUCUCCCCCACCACAACUGGAACUGAAAGUAAUUGUUCUGUUUAUUAGUUUACUAGGAGAUUAUUUUUUUGGUGAAUUGAGCUUUCACAUUUAGCACUAUUAAUUUGAUUAAGCUUCUGAACAUGAUUUUUACAUUUUAAUUUUAAAUUUUGCUGUGAUGAUCUUUAUCUGUCAAUCCAAUGAAAAACUAUUGAUUAUCAAUUGAAUUCUGAGCAAAAUUAUCCAUAGACAAGAACAUGUAGACAUAUUCAUUGGCAUCAACCCUUUUGAUUGCUUUGUCAUGUUUCCUAGUGUUCUGUCCUGGUCAGUGGAAACAUAUGGCUGUGUGAUAUUCCAGUUUUUAAAGAUGCUUUUUUUUUAUUGUUCUGUUAUAUUAAAAAAAAUCUUGGGAUGAUUAGAUUCCCUGAUUUUUAGCCAAUCCUGCACCUUAAAAGGGGUUUGCAUUAAAUGUCUUGUUCUGAAGCAUGAUUGAAUGCUUUGAGGCGAAUUUAUGGGAACCAUUUACCUGUGCAUUGUAUAUAUUUACUUUUUUGAAGGCUUAACACACUUAUUUUAAUUUUUUAUGUUGUUUUCUGUCAAUCCGAUGAUAAACUAUAAUUACAAUUAGAAACCGGAGCAAUGUUAGAUUUAUUUAUGACAUUUUUAUGUUCAUUUAUAUAAAUGAAACGAUAGGCUAGUGUUGCACCAAUAUGGAAACAUGGUUUUUCUUAACACUAUUUAAGAUACUCUUAUUAGUUUUGUAAGAGAUGUUAGAUAAGUUAAUCUAUUUAAAGUAUCUCCAAGUUUUCUAAAUUUUCCAUUUUAAAGCUCCUUUCACCAAGUCACAGUUUAUCCCAUCAGUCUCAAAUAUGUACUCCUUGAUUGUAUCAAAAUGAUUGCUCUCAUUUCUUUCAUAAUUGGUAUAAAUUUGAUAUUUUUUUGGUAAACACAAGUUUCAUUUGCACCAAAUGAUGUUUUACUUAGACAUGUUUGAAAUUAUAUGAAACAUUUAUUCUCUGAUGGUGACAAAAGAAAUCAUAUUCAAACUCUAGUGUAGUUUGCCAUGUACAAUUAUCCCAUACACAGAAAGCAUUUAAAAAAAUAUUAAAUAUUUUUUUAUUAUUUUAGUGACAUGGAAAAUAGACCUGCAGAAGGAAACAUUUAUGUAGCUGACAGUAAAAUUAUUUUAUUUACGUAUGGUAUUGCAUGAAUAUCAGUGUCUGAGAUAUUCAUUAAUUCUGGUAACGACCUAGUCUGAUAUGGUAGUGGUAGGGAGCGAAAUUAUUUUUUUCCUGGAAUAUAUUGGAUCUGGAAAAAAACAUGGUUAAUAUAUUGUGGGUGACUACAAUUGCCAUCUGGAAAAGUUCUCUCAAGCUGUCAUUGUGUAGUUAAUGUUCUAAGAGUUUGAAUCAUAAUUUUUUUGCAACAAAUUAUUUGAAGUUAAUGAAGAUAAUCUUCUAAUUAUUAAUUUACUUUUUAACAUUGCAUUAAAAAUAUUAGUUUUACGAUACUUGAUAUCUAAUGCCAAAAUGGUUUAACACAGUAUUAAGAGAUGGUUCCAGUUCACACCUCAAUUUAGCCUUAUUACUCGAGAAGAAAGUCACAGUCUUAAAAAAUAUCAAUACCAGAGCCUUAUUAUAUAUUCUUGCUAUGAUGAUUUUAUUUAUCUGUCAAUCCAAUGAAAUUCUGAUUAAAAUAUUAACUAAUCUGAGCAAGCAUUAUUUUCUUGUAAUAACUAUACUUGUAAAAUAUACUUGUGUUUGAAAACAGUAAUUAUGUAAAAUAUACAAACUCAGCAUAAACUAAUCUGGAUUUAACUUAUUCCAGACAAUUGCGACUAAAUGCAUUAGGGGAGUUGCAACAGCCAUAAAUUAAUUCUACAAGUAUUUAAAUAAAUCUGAUGAUCAAAAAUUUUACUUUUAUUUACCAGAUUUAGAGGUCCACCCCCAUCCAUGUCCCACCAGAGGCAUUUAGAGGGUGAAGAGGGACAAAAACGACCAGCUAUAGUGUCAGAUAAGGCACUUAAAGACUUUGAAGAACUGCUCAAAUCUGAUUCCAAUGAUGGUGGCUGGGCAGGCCCUCAAGGAGAAAUAGACUACAGGUACUUUAAACACAUAAUGGGUUUUAGAUGUUGUUAUACAAAAUUUAUAAGCCUUAUUUGUAACCCUUGAAACUGAAUAGAUCUUCUGCCUGUAGCUCACCAUAGGGUAGGUGUUUUAAUUUGGUUUUUCUGAAUGUUUUUUCAGUGAAAAACUGGUGUUCAGUGAUGAGGAUGAUGAAUCCCAAAGCCCAAGGUGAGUUACACUUAGUGUAUUAGUGCUUGGUUGAAUAACCUUUUCUUAAAUCCAAUUAAAAAAUUUUACGUGUAAAAAUACUCCAAAGUAAUUUGGGUUUUAAAACAAAAUUGGCCUGAAUACGCUUAUGAAAAACGUCAACCUGGUAUCUAAUGCCUAAGAGUCUGGAGAGUUACUUUAAUAUUUGUACUUCACUUUAAUCUUAUUUCUGAGCAGAGACAGAGCGAUAAGAGAAGAGAGGCGAAGACUCCGGAAAGAAAAUGAGGAGCAUCAAAGGGAACUAGAAGCUGACAAAGAUAGAAAAGAUGACAAAGAAAAGGUUUGUUUAAAUGUGAAAGAUAUUUCUAUCACUCUGUGUCCGGAAGAGAAAAAAAAAAAAGAGACGCUAUUUAUAAUUGUGAAAACUAAUUGUUAAUAUUCCAACCUAAUGUUACAUUUUUAUUAAAAUAUAAUUUGUGUUCGAAGUGUCCACCCUUGUCUUCAACACCACAGUUUUCAAGAAGUGCUCAUCACUGACCAAUCAUCAAAAGGGUUUCCAUUUUUUUCUGACGCAGUGUACAUGUAGUAUGAAUCACUGGAAAUUAGUGUAAUGUUGGAGCUAUAUUCAUUAAUGUAAUAUGACCCCUUUUUUUGCUGCUAAUCCUAGAAUGAGCAAGGUCCUCCUAUGGUUCGUGAAGCAUGGCCACAUGGGCCUCCACCACCACACUAUAGAGGAGGGCCCAGACCUCCACACCCAGGCAUGGAUGCAGUAAGUUGCUUUAGAAUUAUAUUCUGUGAUUAACAAACUAAACAGUGAAUUUUUUCUGGAUGCUUCUCUAAGAUAAACUUUAUUAUUGUUGAAGAUAAAAUAAAAGAAAACUGGAUCUAUAAGCUACAUAGCAGAAAUUUUUUAUAAGUGAAAUUUUAGCAGAAAUAAUUUUUCAGAUUGCAUUCUAUCAAAUUGUGCACCAAGUGAUGAUUAGCUUAGACAUGUUUGAUACUUUAUGACACUAUAUUCAUCUGAUGGUGUUUUCAUUUAUUAAAAAUAUUAAUAACAUGCAUGUAAUUUUUAUUUUCCUAGAAAAUUAAACUAUGUCUUUCUUUUUUUAGCGAGCUUGGGCAAUGCAUCCUUAUGAGUUUAUGGGACCUAGGGGAGCCCCACCAUAUCCUUUUAGAAUGCCUCCACCUCAAUUGGUAAGACCUUUUUUCUUCUAAAUAAUUGCAAGGUUUAAAAUUGAGAUUUAUAAAAUUAUAAUGUUCUUCAACCCUUUUCUGCCUAAUGGAUUUACUCUGAUUCACAGAUAACUUAUUCCAUCCAAAGUCUUUCAGCCUGAAAAAUUUAUUUGUCUGAAUUUAUUAUGAAAAGUUAUGGUUGAUUAUUUAGGAAAUGUUAAAGAUAUAGUGUAAUUUUUUUUGACAUGUCUGUAAAAAGCUAUGAACAUUCCCACUAAAUUAUAAUUGUAAUUAAUAAAAUGAUUUUAAAUAUCCUAUAUUACCAUUGGUUGAAAAAUUAAGAUGAAUGUUAAUUUCUAAAGAAAGUUGUGUGAGCAUAAAAUUCUGUUAUGUGCUUAGAUGUGUAUUGAGCAUUUUUGUAGGAGUGCAAGGACAAUAAAUAUAAUUACCAGUGUUGACUUUAUAAAAUCUGAUAAUUUUAUUGAUAGGUAAUUAUUUUUUCUUCAGCGACCUUAUGGUCCACCACCUCCCCCUGUAUCUAGUCCUGGUGCAAUGCCACCUCGCAAACCUGGGGAGAAUGAUGAAGAUGAGCACUGGCGAAUCCGCCGCAGGGCAAAUGAGGGAGAGAUCAAUACAGCUGUUGAGAGGGCUAGGCUGAGGCGAGAGGAAAAUGAAAAGAGGAAAGAAACUGAGCAAAGGGCUGCAGCGGCAGAAAAACUUAGGCAGUUGGAUGCUCGCACAAAGAAAAAAGAUGAUGUAUGCCGUUAGCAUAGUUCUAUAUAGAUAUUCUUUAUUCAUUGCUUUUUAAGUUUCUCAUUGCUUCUAUUAUUUACUUUUCAAAAGAAUUAAAAUAAUUCUUUUUUACUUCAGGGAAAGGAGGGAGAAAGUGAAGGCAGAGACAGUAGAACCACUAGUGAAUCAAGUGACAAAGAUCCAAGAGAGUCAAGAUACAGAGAUAGACCUACAAAUCUAACACCACCAGCUCAGGUAGCCUGCUUUUUAUAUUCUUCAUUAGUUUGAUCAAGAAUUAUAAAAUAAACAAAAAUUUCCAGCUUCACUUUAAAGCUGUUAAACCUUUUACACCUAGUGCAAAUUGCCAAUUAAUUAAUUUAAAAACAAGUUUUUUGUGUUUAAUUUAAAUAAUAAAAACAUUGAAUUUAAUUUAUAAGUUAUAUUAUUAUGUUUUUAGGCACCUCCUGCCAACCCUGGUUUUUUCCCUAACCCUCUUUCCUCCUAAACUUUCAACCCUCACCACAUGGGUUGCCCUCUUAUCCUUUCCACUACCUUAGUGUUUUAAUCAAAGCUUUGUACCUUCCCCAACAUCUCUCCAGUCUACACCCCUAAUUUAACCUACAAAUUCUACUGCACUCUCCUCUCUUACCAAUUAUCUUUACUUCCCUGGUCUCUCCCCUAAGAUAAUCCACACAUUCUCCCUCCACCUCACCACGAACAAUCCAACUCUUCUCUAACAACCUGUCCUCUUAAACAUCACUUUCUUCUAUUUCCGCUGCCUUUAUCCACUCCCACCCCAUACUUCUUUUCUUCUUUAUUUUGAGGGCCCACGAUCAAUGAAUUGAUCAUUCUGGCUCCUAUGUCUACUUUGUUGCCCCUUACCCAGUGUUGUCUCCUUAUCACGCUGGCUUGACUCGAAUAUACAGUAUAUACCUUAGUGCAUGAACUCUUUCAAAAUUCAAAACGCUUUUAGUGUCGUCCUUAGCAUAAUAAGCAAACGAAAUGGUAAUUUUUCUUUGCUAAUUUUUUAUUUAAGUGUGUGUUUGAGGACCAUAAUUGAAUAAUCAUCAAUUGUGCAAUUUGCUAGAAACUAAGACUGGCUGGAACUUCCUUCAAGCCGGCACCUGUCUGUUGAAAGCCACUGUAUUUGACUAUUUUUAGUAUGUUUUUUAAUCGGCUGUAUUAUUAAUUCCUUCCCCUUUUAGAGUGAGCCUGCCUCAAAUAAAGCUUAUGUUAGAAAUGUGCCACCAAGAUUUCAAAAACAGCAAGAACCUGCACUUGGUCAAAAUCAGCGUCAGCAGCCUCCAAGUCCUGUAAGUGGAAGCACUGGUGGACACCCUCAAGGUCCCCCUAUGCCUCAAGUUUUUAGACCUGGUCAAGGGCAGUGGCCUUAUGAUCCUCGGCCUUGGCCAGGAAUGCCCCCAUUUAUGGAUCCAAGAUUUGGUCAUCGCCCACCACCAAUGGACAUGCAAGGUUUGUUUCAUGUGAUAUCAUAUGUCUAAAUGUUAACCUGUUAAGGGUAAAAGAGGUUGGUCUAUACAUGGUUAUUUUGUGAAGAAAAAUUAUAUAAUUCUUCGCAAAUUUAUUAAGUUUUUAGUUUGAGUAAAUUUUUCUUGGAAACUGUGUUAGGUAAUGUUCAUACCUUCCUCAGGUAUGCCUAUGUAUGGUCCUCCUAUUACAAGACGACGCAAUGACAGCCAUGGUUCUGGAAAUGAUAAUCAAGACUGUGAAACGAGGCACCCUGAUCAGUAUGAAAGGUCUGAUCUAAGAACUGGAUGGCUUGAAAGAUAUUCUGGAGCGCCACAUCCAGGUAUAUUAAUAUUUAUGAUUUUUAAGAGGAUUUAAGGAUGAAUGGUCCUUGUAUAUUUUUACUUGUAAGAACACUGGAAACAGCUCUAGCAUAAAUUUAAUUCUUUUCCUUAGAUUUUAGGUAAAAUAUAGAGUUGUAAAAAUUUUGUGUUUUCUUUCUUUAACAAUAAUAUUUACCAUUCCAGGACACUUUGAUGAAAUGAGGCGCCAUCCCUUUUAUGAUCAGAGGGUUUAUGCUGGUUUUGAGUAUGACAGAAGGCAAGUAAUUGUAUUUAUGUAUUCUGAAACUAACCAUAUUAUGAAACUAUUGAUUUCAUUUUAUUUGCUAUUGAUCAUUACCUAUUUAUUUUCAGGGAUUUUGACCGUCAAAGUCGAGAUGAAGAAAGGCCUGCAGAGGGAGAUGUAGCUCCUAAAGAGCUUGAACAAAGGCCAACUCUUUUGCAGAGAGAUUCUUUAGAUGAACGCCCUAAAGUAUUGGAUAAAGAGGACCAUAAAUCAGAACGAAGUAUCAGUAAAACUUCAGCUGACUGGGAAUUAAAGUAUGUCCUAAUUUUUAACACUAAAUAGCAGAAUUUUCUCUCACCAAUUAUUAAUAAAAAUGUUUCUAAAGUGACACAUUUCACUCCAAUAUUUUCCAUUUUUAAUAACUAGAAGAUACCAAAGUUAGCUUUUAGAGUAGUAAGCAAUGAUAGUAUUCAAUUCUUAAAUUGCAGAAUUUUUCUUUUGUGAAAUAGAAAAAUUUGUAUUUUUUAAAAACAUGUUCAGUUACAGUUAUAUUAGUACAAUAAAACAAAUGUGGCUUCUUUUAAAGAGCGUUACUUGAAAGCAUUUUUUGUCAAGUAAUUUUAAUAGAUGGGAAGUUCACUCAAAGCCUCCUCACUUGUUUUGUUGGGCUAUAAUUAGUCUUAUUUAUAGUAUUUAUGAAUACCUAUUUAGAAAUGCAUUUAUUUGUUUUAGUCGCUCAUACUCCAAAGAGUCCAGCAAAGAUGAAGUUGGAGACCAAUAUGAAGAUGAUGAAUUUGAAACUAAGCUGGAUAAUGAUGAUAGCCUUGAUCGAGAGGAACCCCAAGAGCAUUACACUCGGGGUUAUAGGCGUGAUGGUCAAGCAAGACCAACUCCAAAAUUUAGAGCCUAUUCAUCUGAAGAGCUAAAGCAGAGAGAGGCAGCUCAAAGUAAGUAAAACAAUAUCUAAUCCUUAAAAAUAUAUUUAAAAUCUUGCAAUACUAAGAUUAGCAAUUUUUACAUAUGUUUAUAAAUAUUGUAGCAACUUUCACAUGCAUAGUAUAGACACAUGCUGUUAAAUAAUAUUGCAUUUUGAUGUUUGUUCUUAUCUUACUAAAAUGAAAUUGAUAUUUAAGAACAUGAAGCACUGCCUCCUGUCCCUGCUGACCAAAGCAAACAAUCUGCACAGAGCAAAAGUACUUUGACUUCUUUGAAACGAAGUGCAUCCAAUAUGUCAAGUAGUUCAGCUGCUUCAUCUGAUAAAGACAGAGAGAGAAAAAGUGACUCGCCCAAAGAGAGUCUAGUAUUUGAGAGAUCUCAAGGUCUGAAAAGGGAUGUGAGCAAGGUAAACACUGAAUACUGAUACUGAUUUUAAUCAGAGGUAGAAUGUUGGGUCUAUUUAACUCAUUCGCUGCUAACCACAAACAACAAAACACCCCCUGAAAUACAAAGCAAAGGGACAUCACUCUAAAAUACAACUUAACAAUAAACCUAUAUUAACAAAACAUGCAUUAAAAAAUAGAAAAUUGGAUAACCUUUUCAAAAAUGUAUUGGUAAAUAUACUUUGAUUCACAAUUAUGUUUGCAGUAAAUCAUGAAAGUCAAAUUUUAAAAAAAUUUGGAUGAAUGUUAGCAGCGUCGACCCCCAUAGUUUGAUAUUACUUUGAUAUGAGAGACUCAUGGAAUUUGGAAAAGCAGUAGCCCUUGCGGGGUUGAACCUGGCACAAAUGACAACCAGUUGUUGUUUCCCUAGUUCAGCCAAUGUCCAUCUUGUUGCCAUCAAUGGAGUACUGGUAACAUUGAUGUUUUCUUCCAGUCAUUGGACUCAGCAUAUGUUGGCUGUUGUAUGGGCUAGCUCUGCCAGAGAUACUCUGUGUGUCUGGCUGCCUGCAUUUGGUAGCUGCAGUAAAAAGUUGUUCCAGCACAGCCUUUUGAAACAUCAGAUGGUUUUGGGCUGGAGAGUCUGGGACAUCAGCAGGCUUUGCACUUUUCAACAUCAGAAAGCUAUUGAUCAUUGACAGAUCUAAGAGGAACCAGAACACAUACCUCCACCACUUAGUGCUUGCUCGGCCCACGGGAUAAUAGGUGCGGUGUUGGUCUGAUAAAUCCACCCCAAACAUGCCAGAAUUGUAGGUGACAACUGGCAUUGGAAUUUAAGUGCCUAUCCAUCAUUCCAUCUUUUGACCUACGCUGAACUGUGGUCACUAUUGGGUCGGCAUUGGUGAAUAUAAUGUUCACUUGAAGCUUUUCUGUAUAUUGUGUGGCAACCAUUAGGCCUUUCUGCUUUAUUCUAACAUUUCCCCUCUUCUGUUUAGACUUUGGUAGAGGCCAGCCUUUUCUGUUGGGCCUAAUGGUUGCACAGCUAUAUGUUUUUCACAAUAAGAGGUCCUUGCAAGUUUUGGAGAAGAAAAGAAAUUGUCGAAAAACUCUUCAUGAUACCUAUCCAGGUAUGGUUCCAUCUUGGACAUAACAUUAUAUCCAAGUCCAUGUUCUGAAGGAUUUCUAUUUUAGCCAGUAUAGACUUGAAAGUUAAGAAUAUAACGGUUUUGGCUUCUGUGCAGCACAAAAUUUUGAUGCCCCAUGGAGUUGGCUUGUUGCUCAAGUACUGUUUGAAGGAUAAUGGACCACGAAAUCCAACCAUUGCCUCAUCCACUGACAGCUGUUGUUGCGGUUUAUACGCCGUUUGACACACACUCCUAACAUGGUCCAGUAGUGGUCUCACUUUGAACAGUGGAUCGUAGUUCACAUUAUUUUUGGCUGGAAUGUCCUGACUGUUAGUGAUAUGAAAAUAUUGUCGUAAUUUUUCAUAUCGGGUGCACCCCAUAACAUCUGCAACUGUAGGGACCCUUCAAAGUUUGUCACUGGACCAGUACAAUUUAGUAAUGGGCAAUUUAUGGAGCCCAAACAAUAUUCAUGUAUAAGAAUUUAUAAAUGUCCUCGUUAGUGACGGCCUUCCACUGGGUGUAUUUUCGGCCCUUAGCAGUCUGCUGUUGCUCAGCAUAUUUGUUGGUUUCCACUACAAUAGGUUCCGCCAUGGCAUCGGUCAAAAACAGUUUGAAAUAGUCAAUUGGACUGCUUUCAAUAGGAAGGAUAUGGAUGCCACCUUCUAUCUCACGAAAUAUCUCCAUCUUAUCUGUUACACUGGUCAAAUUGUCUGACCAAGACUCAGUGUCUGGGUCGCUAUCGUCACUAUGUCACUUUCAUCUGUAUUAUUUUCCGAUUCUGAGUCUAAAUUCAAUGUAUUUGGAUCAAUAUCAAUGUCUGAUUCAUCCUCAUUAUCAGAAUUAUUAUCUACUUGAUAAUUAGAAGUGGAGGCAGCAAUCAAAGAGUCAAGAAACUGAAAAGCCAUAGCAAAAUAAUUCAUGUAAAACAGUCACAAAUUCACUAAGCUUAGACUGACUUUAACACUAUACAGCUUUCAAUCCGUAAAUGGUAGAAACAUCCGCUUUUUUUAAACGGAAGCACCUCUAUUCUCACUUCCUUUAAAUCCCAAAGCUAUUCCCAAGGCUAGAAUGCUUCUCGCAAUAUCGUGUGUCAUAUGUACGUUGCUAGACAUGAUGCCGCAUUCGGUUGCAUCAGUAGCGAAGCGGGUAUGUCGCAGUAGUAGCAAACAGGUUAAUGAAUAGGUGGUUUUUUUUUUUUUUAGUUUUUUUUUAUAGAUAUAUAACAAUUUUAAAUUCUUAUUUUUAAUUUUCAGGAUCAAGGUAAAGAGGUGAAUGAAGCGGGUAUGUCGCAGUAGUAGCAAACAGGUUAAUGAAUAGGUGGUUUUUUUUUUUUUAGUUUUUUUUUAUAGAUAUAUAACAAUUUUAAAUUCUUAUUUUUAAUUUUCAGGAUCAAGGUAAAGAGGUGAAGUCAUCUCAAAGUAAAGAAAAUAAACAACCAGAACAGCCACGUCCAAAUGCUUGGGAAGUUAAGGAGCAAGACAGGUAAAACUAUUAAAAUUAACAGUGAUAAAUAUGGGCUGAUCUCUGGACAAUUUUUUUUUUUUGUAUUUCAAAUGUUGGUUUGUUCUGAAUCAAUGAUAAUAUUUUCCCAGGAAAGCCAAGGAACAAGAGAAAACCGAUGUCACAUAUCCUAAGGAGGAUGAAGAAGAAGGAGAAGAAAGGGAGAAAGUGUUUGAAGAAAGAGUUGACAGUCCAUUUAAUAAUAGGCCACCAUAUAAAAAAAAGCGUGAAGAUGACCAGGAUAGAGAUCGUAGAGAGAGACACCCAGAUGACCGUGACAGGCGAGAUAGGGAUCAUGAUCGCUACAGCGACAAAGCCGAUAGGCCUAGAAGCACACCAAGCAGAGGUGGGAGGGAGUUUGUAAGAGGAAGAGGAGUUUCCCGUGGGCGAGGUCGUAGCUCAGUUCGUGGAGGUUACAGUACACGUGGCAGAGGAAGGGAUUAUUAUCCCGGCAGUUAUGAAAGAGGUGGUGGAGGGCAGGGCUCCGGCAGAUCAGACAGGCAACCUUUAAUGAAGAAUUUCCAUAAGUCUGAUGAUAGUGAAGGAAAUGAUAGAGAAGACUAUGGUAAAGGUUCUUCAAGACGAAGACAUGGUCUUGCAGAUGAUCUCAGCGAUGGAUCUGCAGAGGAUGGAAUUUUAUUUAAUGAAAAUGGCACUCAUGACAGACAAGAGAAAGAAAAUGAAAGCGGAAAAGAUCAAGAUCGUCGGGAUUCUAAAGAUAAUAGACAAGGACAAAGAGGACCUGAUGAUACACGCCAGCAAAGGGAGGAUAAUCGUCAAAGAGGGUCUGAAGAUUUUCGUCAGAGAGGAUCUGAAGAUAUUCGUCAAAGAGGGUCCGAAGAUAUUCGCCAGAGGGGUUCCGAAGAUAUUCGUCAGAGGGGUUCCGAAGAUGUACGUCAGAGGGGUUCCGAAGAUGUACGUCAGAGGGGUUCCGAAGAUGUACGUCAGAGGGGAUCCGAAGAUAAUCGGCAGAGGGGAUCCGAAGAUAAUCGGCAGAGGGGAUCCGAAGAUAAUCGGCAGAGGGGAUCUGAAGAUAAUCGGCAGAGGGGAACCGAAGAUAAUCGGCAGAGGGGAUCCGAAGAUACUAGACAAGGUCCACGGGGUACUGAUGAAAAUCGGCAGAGAGGUUCAGAAGAUAAUCGGCAGAGAGCAUCUGAGGAAAAUCGUCAACAAAGCCAAAGAGUUGAGGAUAAUCGUCAAAGGGGAUCUGAUGAAAAUCGGUCACAAGGGCAGAGAGGAACAGAACAGAGUAGGGAUUUAAAACAAAACAGAGAUAUUCGUGAACCCAAGAAUCCUUGGAUUCAUGAUAGCAAACCACAGCAAGGUCCUCCACCUGCACCUCCUAGUGUUUGGAACAAACCUCUCCUCCCAGACCCUCCUAAAACGGAUUGGACUCCAGACCCACUUGGAAAGGAUAUGAAGGAUGAUAAAUCUGGAAAGGUUGAUGCUUGGCAGCGUCAAGAUUCACGUGAAUCGGGUCAAGAAAAGACAUCAGGUGAUAGUCACGUGUCAGGCCAACAAGAUGUACGAGAAAAGCGACAUGAUGGAGGCAACCGUAGAGAUGAUAGAGACAAUCGUCGUAGGCCAGACAACCGAGAAGGUGGUCGUAGAGGUGAUAGAGACAGACAACGUGGUGGUGAUGAUGGUCAGCGAAAUGAAGGUCCAGAGGGAGAGCACAAGGAAAAAAGUGACCGUAGAGACAGGGACAGAGAUAGAUACAGGGACAAAAGGGACAGAGAGUAUCCUGAUGUACGACAAGAUGAAGCCAAUGGUAAUUUUAUCCCAAGAGGAGAACCCUCUCGCAGAGGAAGAGGUAACUAUAGAUUUUGUAGCCUCUCUAACCUUAAAAAAAAAUCAUUAAUAAAUCGUAAGAUUUUUUAACAAUUUUAUAAAAUAAAUUUUAUGCUAACUUUUAAUAACCCAAAUACACAUUUGAUUUGUUUUUUCUGAAUUGAGAAUAAAAUUUCAUCUAUUGGUGCAUACAAAUAAUACUUGAGUGUAAUAAUUGAAAAUGGAUUUUACUUUUUUUUAAAUUUGGAAUUUGUACCACUUUGAUACUUCAGACAAAAUCUGAUUUGCAUCAUAUUGAGAGGAAGAGUUUGAAAUGAAAUUAAUCUGGGGGUCACAUUAGAAUUUGGUACAUUUUUGAAGGGAAGAAAAACCUUUGUACCCGGGGUACUUCUGUUUCUAUCCGUUUUCUCCAGAAUUUUUUGCUUACUUUACCACUUUUUAAGGCGGCAUAUAAUUUGAACGAAAAAAAAGUAAAUGGUAUUCAAAAUUUUAGAAGGGUUCACACUAAAACAAAAAAACUAUUUUAACCAAUGUACCACCUUAAAUUUAAUAAAAUUCCUUGACUUACUAGCAAGUUCCUUUGUAUGAUUACUGGCUUUAUUACCUUUGCAGGUGGUUCUCGGGGUGGUAGAGGAGGCAAUCGCUACACCUCAGCCCCUUCAAACCGUGGUGGAAAUGGACAGGGCUAUGGCGGAAGAGGUGCUAAUGGAGAUCAAGGUCUUAAUGGUCCCAAUGGUAGACAUAGUGGUCGAUCUCAAAACAUGGAGCGAGGUGGUGAUGGAAGAGAUCUUAGAGGAGAUGGAGGAAAUUAUAGGUGAUGAUUGUGUUUAAAAUGUAUAUACUAUAAAUUUUGCUGUUACCUAGGCUUUUACCUGUUUGUACUAUGUUGCUUCUAUUACAGGGCUUAUAUUGUACAACUCUUUUCUGUAGGGAAGGGCGUAGACAAGACAACAGAAACCCACCACCACCAAGAUUCAGAAGAGGGGGUGCAGUAGCUGAAGGUAGAGGAAGGGGAGAAAGCAGAGGAAGUGGGGGUCGUCCUAGAUCUUCAAGAGGACGUGGCACAAGUGCACCAGCAAGCUCUGUUAUUAAAAAGCCAGUUUUAACUAAACAGGCAUCAAAUGAAGGGGAAGAAUGGGAGACUGCAUCAGAAAGCAGUGAGCCAAAAAACGAUUCGCGAGAGUCCCGGGAAAACAAGAAAGAGAGCUCUACUAUCAAGAAGAGCGUCUCUAAUCAGCGGCCGUUCAGUGACCGGCAAAAUAACCGGCGCCUGAACAACCAGGACUCUCGCAACAGUGUAGAGCGCCGCAAUCCCCAAAACAAAGACAAUAAACAGAACCAAAAAAACGGGGCAACGCCGCCGACAAAAUCGGCGGCAAAUGGGACAACCCCUAAAAAGCAAGCUGUAGUGAGCACUGGCAAUCAUAAAGAAAAUGUAGUUUACAGAAUGGAUGGUGUGACUCCUACAGAUCCUAAUGCAAUAAAUAAUGCAAUUAAUAACAUGCAUGUCAAGUAAGUUAUUUUGUUUGUACAUAUUUAUUAAAGAUUUUCAAAAUUAAGAUUGAAAGUUUACAAGAGUGUAGAAUACUUUACUGGAAAUUACACAAACCCAUGGGACCAAGAUAAAAGUAGUGCAAUUUUGCAGUGAUGGUGCUAUUUGCUGGUUCAGGUGGGGUUAGUAAGCUCAUAUUUUUAUUUAUUUAGGCAUUUUUAUAUAGCGCUUACCUUAAAGCUCUUAGCGAUUUACAAUUAUUAAAAACAUGUAAACUAACUAAAAUAAAAAUGAGACAUUAGGAUAGUAACUACUUUACUAUAGAAACAAUUAAAAUGGCUUUAAAACGAGGACACUUUGACACAUUUUGGAUUAACCCGAGACAGAAAAUGAGGCAGGGCAAGGAGCGUGCAUCACAGGUCAUAGGCGGACCUAAACAGAUUGGUUUUAAGGGACUUUUUAAAAGUGGACGAGGUUUCACAAUGACGGAUGUGGAAGGGGAGCUGGUUCCAGAACGUGGGCCCAUGGAAGUCGAAGGAGCGUUCACCGAUGGUUUAGUUUUGGUUCUUGGGAUUGAGAGGGUUCUAUUGUCAUAUGCCAGGAGUAUAUUUCAAAAUUCAUUAUUUCCAGGUUUCAUUUUAAUUAUUACUUUUCAUAAUUUUUUUAUGCUUAGUGGACUCUAUUAUAAUGUUGGUUAAUUCUGUUGCUCCGUAGAAAGCAAAUGGGAAAGAAAGCUGAAAUUAGUGAUGUUUCAAAGACACUGAAAGUUGAGAAAGACAAGAAAGAUGCCCUGGCUAAUAUUGAUAUUAACAAUAUAGCUGGUCAGUAUUGUAGUUAAAUUUAAAUGCAUAUUUUAUUUUUUAAGGUUUGUAAUUGAAAAGUGACAAUUAUAUUCCAUUUGACCUGUGAAGACAUUUGUGCAUCUGAGUAUCCAGAGCUGAGAUGUAAUGAUAGCAACAGGAAUAUAAAACAAUCUGGCUUCGUGCUGGAAAAUAAUAUAAUCUUUCAGCCCCGUUUCCAGAAAACUUUUUUUUUUUUUUUUUUUUGGUUCACUAAAUUCAUUUAAAAGCUUCCACUGAUGCUGUAAAUGUGCCAAGUAAUAAAAUCUUAAAAUGCUUGACUUUUUUUUUUUUUCUCGUUUCUAAAAAAUUUUUUUUUUUUUUUUUUUUUUGGUUCACUAAAUUCAUUUAAAAGCUUCCACUGAUGCUGUAAAUGUGCCAAGUAAUAAAAUCUUAAAAUGCUUGACUCUCGUCAAAGAUGAGUUGAAACGCACUUAAAGGUAGAAAAUAAUGCUCUUAAAAUUUAUAGCUCAAAGAAAUUCUGUGCGGAAAAUGUUUUCACAAAUUAUAAGAAGAAAAUUUUUAUGUUUUCAUUGUUUUUAUUUCCAAACAAGUAACAUAAACAUAUAUAUACAUAAAUACACGUUCUCAAUCAGGUGCUGACUUUAUUCUUGCGUCCGGAACACGGUUCAUAAACACACCCUCUUCCUCUAGUCUCUCUGCGCAUGCGCGCUGUUUACUUGGCUGGCUAUCGGUACGGUUCAGUCCGCUAGUCCACCAUAACACCUCCCAGAACAAUUACAAGUCCAGUAACAUUGGUGCUCGACGUUGUCUUUGAGAUCUUCUGGGUAGGACAUAGUCUGAAGGUCCUGGAUGUCGAGGGUUAAUCUUCUUCUUAUGUGGACUUGGAGUUGCUGGGUGUGUAGACGGUUGAUGACUCAGGGCUGCCUGAGCUGUUGGAUAAAGACUUCCUGUCAUUAUAUCCAAACCUGGUUCUGAAUCUUCUUCUGCUCCAUACCUUGGGCGAAGUUGGUCUAAAUGUCUCUUCCAAAUGGGACCAUUUGGAUAAAUCUUUACCUUGAAGAGACGUGGACCCAUAACUUGGAUGAUUGUACCGGGAGCCCAUCGUGGUUUAGAGUCUGUUACUGUUCCAUAUACUCUGACGUAACAUGGAUCUCCCCGGUUAAAUGAUCGGCUAGGACUUCUGUUUGUCCCAUUGCGGACGGCUAUUUCUUUAAGAUGCUGUCCCUGUGCUUGAUGAGCAGGUGAGGGAACUAGAGUAUCAAUAAGUGUUCUUAUUUGCCGAUUGUUCAGCAGUUGGCUUGGUGAUAAUCCACUUGCCAAUGGUGUCCUACGAUACUGACGUAGAAAGUCUUGUAGAGAUUCCUUCAAAGGUAAUGAGGAUUUCUUCAGUGAACUCUUGAAACUUUGAAUGAGUCGCUCGGCAGCUCCAUUUGUAGCAGGAUGAUAGGGAGCGCCUGCGAGAUGUACAAUACCCCUCUCCUUACACCAAUGCUGAAAUUCUUCUGAGAUGAAGCAAGUAGCAUUGUCACUGACUAUGGUGUGUGGAUAGCCGAAAUGAGCAAAAUCUUCCUCCAGAAGAUCAUUGGUCGCUUUGGUCGAUGUAGAUGUUGUCCUGUGGAUACACGGGUUGGCUGAUAACGCGAAUGUCGUGGGUUCGAUCCCCAUACUGGCCACCAUUUUGUUAUGUUUUCAUUGUUUUUAUUUCCAAACAAGUAACAUAAACAUAUAUAUACAUAAAUACACGUUCUCAAUCAGGUGCUGACCUUAUUCUUGCGUCCGGAACACGGUUCAUAAACACACCCUCUUCCUCUAGUCUCUCUGCGCAUGCGCGCUGUUUACUUGGCUGGCUAUCGGUACGGUUCAGUCCGCUAGUCCACCAUAACAAAAAUCAUGUUUCUUCUAUAUUUAACUGGAAUCCUUAUGCUUCAAAGGGUGCCUUUCUAGCUCCAAAGAGUGCCUUACUGGCUUCAAAGAGUGGCUUACUAGCUUCAAAGAGUGCCUUCCUACCCUUCAGCGCAUAAUUUCUUUGUGUAAUGAAAUUAAAGUAAUUUUAAGAAAAUUAUUGUCUACUGUUAAGUGUGAUUUCUUGUCUUUUUAAGACGUCUUAUAGUUGUUUUAAAAAAAAAUUAUUUUGUCAUAAUUUUAGUGAAUGAAGAUAACUGAAAAAAUAUUUAUCACAAUAAAUAUUGUUUUUCAGAUAUUUAAAAAAAAAAAAAGUUACUUUAAGCCUUUAAAUUCACGAAUAAGAGCCAAUACGUGUGAAUAGUUUUCAAUGCCUGUGAAGACAUUUGUGCAUCUGAGUAUCCAGAGCUGAGAUGUAAUGAUAGCAACAGGAAUAUAAAACAAUCUGGCUUCGUGCUGGAAAAUAAUAUAAUCUUUCAGCCCCGUUUCCAGAAAACAUUUUUUUUUUUUUUUCGGUUUCACUAAAUUCAUUUAAAAGCUUCCACUGAUGCUGUAAAUGUGCCAAUUAAUUUGCAGACUUGCAUAAUAUAUUGAUGAUAUGGGGUUUUAAAGACCUUUUUCUUUUUGCAUUUUAAUAAUGUAAGCUUGUCAAGUGUAAUUUUGUAUUGUCACAAGUGACACUCUUGUACGGUUGGUUCAUGGUUUGUUGGUGCUAACUGUAAGGUCGCCUGAGUUGUUAAUGUAAGUGGGGGUUGUUUGUGAUUUAAACAACACUGCCCAUAUUUAGGAUAUUGGUAUGGGAUGGGGGAGGUGUUGGGGCAGGAGAAUUAGACUCAUAUCAAUGGACACGGCAAGCAAGUGUUAAAUUCUACUAUUUAGUUUUAUGUCUGAGUGAAGAGUUAAGUAACUAUACCUAGGUUUUUGUAAACAUUCCUUGCUAAAAAAAAAUAACCUUUUGUAGAUAAUGUAUAGCUUAAUAUUUUCAUUUAAAAAGUUCAAAUUUAAAAAAAAAAUUAAUCUUAAAAAAGACUUUCCAUCAAAGACAAGUUUAAAGGCACUAAAAAGUAGAAAAUAAUGUUCAUUGCCCAAAGCAAUUCUUGAAAAUUACAAGAAAAAUAUCAUGUUUCUUCUAUAUUUAACUGGAAUCCUUGAGCUUCAAAGAGUGCCUUACUACCCUUCUGCGGAUAAUUUCUUUGCGUAGUGAAAUUUAAGUAAUUUUAAGAAAAUUAUUUUCUCCUGUUAAGUGUGAUUUCUCGUCUUUGUAAGACGUGUUAUAAUAGUUUUUUUUUUUUGUUUUUUUUAAUUAUUUUGUCAUAAUUUUAGUGUAUGAAGAUUACUGAAAAAUUAUUUUGGCACAAUAAAUAUUGUUUUUUGAGAUAUUUAAAAAAAAUUAAAUGUUACUUUAAGCCUUUACAUUCAUGAAUAAGAGCCAAUACGUGUGAAUAGUUUACAAUGCCUGUGAAGACAUUUGUGCAUCUGAGUAUCUAGAGCUGAGAUGUAAUGAUAGCAACAGGAAUAUAAAACAAUCUGGCUUCGUGCUGAAGGUCAUAUAGUCCUUCUGCCCCGUUACCAGCACACAUAAAUUAAGAUAAGUUAAACUUUUCUUGAAAUGCUGAUUUCUGUUUAUUAAUCUUUUAAAAUGUAUCAUAACUUCCUCAGGUGUUGUAGUUGUGGAUGACCUCCAAGAAGUUACAAUUGAUGACCCUAACUUCUUAUUUGAAAGUAAUGAGGGCUUUCAAGAAGUUACUUCAAAAAGAACUCUAAAAAUUAAGCAGAAGCUUGAAGCUGAACAGAAGAAGACAGAAAAAGAAGCACAGAAAAAAAAAGAGCACUCUAACAAGGUAUAAUAUAAGUUAUUUAAAUAAAAUUUUAGAUCUAAAAUUAGAUUUUUAUUUGAUAAAUCCAGACACUUGUAAAUAGUAGGGAAGCCAAUUGUAAAUAGUAGGGAAGCCAAUUGUAAAUAGUAGGGAAGCCAAUUGUAAAUAGUAGGGAAGCCAAUUAUCAAUUAUCUAAAACCGUUUAUUUUUCCCCCUCACAGGUGGUUGUGCGGCCAAAAGGUAUAAGUCCUAAAACUGGCAGAACGAGUAUCAAAGGUAGCAAGCUUCCACCACGUCUAGCCAAACAAAAAGAGCAGCGGGAGAAAGAAAAAGAAAUGACCAAGAAUGUUAUGCCAAAAAUUGAACUGUGGGACAAUGAAUUGGCAAACAACAUACCAUCUCUUAUGGGUGGAUUAGACAUUAACCAGACAGCGAGUCUAAAUAAUAAUACUGUUAUGUCUUCUUCAAGCAGUAAUGCAUUGGACGACAGUGGAGGUAAUUUGUACAGCACAUCAUAUUACUUGUCUAUUUUAAUUGAACUCAUUCUAGUGCAUUUUUCGGUAGAAUUAAGGCCGUGUUUAGCAUUUUCAUAUGCUUGUCAAAAAUGACAAAAUCCCAUACUAAAUGAAUUGAAUUCAGAGACACAAAGUAUACAUUUUCUGAAAGUUCAUUGGACAAGGUAUCUUAUCAUAUGAAAAGAAUUUAUGUAUGUUGAUCUGGACCUUGACAGAGUUAAGUAAAAAAGAUUGUACUCAACUUGUAAAUUCAACCGUACCUAAUACUCCACAAAUUUUUCAAACUAUCAAAUCUUAUUUUUGAGAUACUAGAAGCAACAUGCUUUCAGAAAAUUUCAAGUUAUAGGUAUUAGGAUAGAAAAUUGUGAUAUUGGUGACUUUUUCAUUCUCUACCUUCAAAUUUCUGUCAUACAAAAUACAAGGGGGAAGACACAAAAUUAAUUUAAAAAUUCCCUUUGAACUGAAGUUAUUAAAUCCACCCUUUCCUAAAUGAAUUUUCCUUUUAAGAAUACCACUAAGCUUAGGAAUAAAAUUUUCAAUAUCUUACUAUGCCUUCAUGCUAGAACUAAUACUCUCAUUACUAGCAUGUGUAAUAUCUCUGAAAUCAUUGCUUUCAUUUUAAUACAUUUUUAAAUAAUUCCAAUAAAGAAAUUCUGUGUUGAAUUGAAAUGGGGGUGGGGCUUUCUCCAGCAUAAUCAGACAUUAUGGUGGUCAAGAUUAAUCCAGGAAAAAAAGCCCUGUUAAAAACAUGUUAACACAGAAGUAAAAAACUCAUUUAUAGAGUGAUUUCCCCAUAACCAAUUUAACUCUCCAGAUUUAAUUUCUGCGUUCUCUAAACCAUCAUAACUUUGUUUUCCAUCAGACAUUGUUAAGUUUGGUAUGGAAUUAAAGGGGAAUGCAUGCUCUUUGCAAACAAUACAGACUUUGGUUUAAAGUUUAAUUCAUUCCCUCCUGCAAUGCUACUUCCGUAUUUAAUUUAUUUGCCUGAGAAAGGGAAGUAACUCCAUCUUGCAAUUGAUUUAUAUUUGUAAAAUAUUUAUUUAAGCUGCUAAAUAUUACUUAAUGUUAAGAAUUAAGAACAAAUGCAAAAAAAAAUGAAUAAGGUUUAAUAUAAAUAUAACAUUAGCGGGGGAAAAAUAACGAACAAUGGCCAAAAAAAUCGAUUUUCGUCACCUCGGGCGAACACAUGCUACUUAAAGACGCAUCGUUUUAAAAUGAAACAAGAUAAAAACUUCCGGUUUUUAAAUUAAAAUCACACUGAACCACUUCAUCACCGGAAGUCUCGAGGGAUGCGAGAUUUCAUUGCUAUUUUUAAAUAGAUAUGAGAGAGGUGUGUCGCUAUGCACCGGGACGCAUUUGGACGCAUCCGGCGAAACCCGUAAAGGACGUAUUUAGUUGGAAACGUCGGGAAUGAGUUAAUAUAUAAAUGUGAUCAUGAGUUAUGGAAAACAAAUUUUAAAUAUAAACUCACCAACUGUUCACAAAACGCUCAUUCUAAGUCACACAAAGAGAAAUAUAUAACCCAAAGUGUAAAAAAAAUGUUUUUUUAUGAACUAUAUUCAUAUGUGCACCAAAAAUUAUAAAGAUCAACUUUAAAAAAAUAUAAAAAAUUAACACCAUAGCACAUUAUCCAUUGUCACCACCACAUAAAAUAUUUCCAAAUAAAAUUAUUUCCACUGGAAACAAUCUGUUGCUAUUAGAAAAUAUUUGAAUUGUAUCCUUGUAUGUACUAACAUUCAAAGAGAGGUCCGCUGGGACGAGCAUAUUAACAAUGUAUGUAACCAAGCAAACAAGACCCUAGGGUUCUUAAGGCGAAAUCUAAAGAUUGGCAACUCCUGUGUGAAAGAAAGAGCAUAUAAAGCCUUUAUCCGUCCGAUUUUAGAUUAUGCAUCUUCAGUCUGGGACCCAUUUACCCAGAAGAGCAUUGACAGGUUGGAGGCGGUCCAGCGACGAGCAGCACGCUUUGUCCUAAACCGCUACAGGAAUACCUCUAGUGUUGGCAGCAUGCUAGAAACACUAGGCUGGUCACCAUUGGAGAAACGACGACGACAAUCCAGGCUCUCCAUGAUGUACAAGAUAAAUAAUGGGCUGGUCCACUGUUCCAGUAUUAAACAGAAACUCGUCCCUCUCCCCCAUAGACAGUGACGAGGCCAUGACAGGCAAUUCAGGCCCAUACCAGCAAGAAGCCAGUAUAGGAGCUGCUCAUUCCUGCCCAAGACAAUCAGGGACUGGAACCAUCUUUCAAAAGGAACGGUUGAGGUGACAACACUAGACACAUUUGAGUCUAUUGCCUCAAGCCUUCAAACCCCUAGUGCAUGAUUUCCUCAUCAACACCAGUAACAGAAACAUUGCAAAUCCCAUCUAGAUGCAUAGGAGCCAAAAUGAUCAAUAAAUUGAUAGUGGGCCCUUAAGAUAUAGAAGAACAACACUUAUUAUGGUAAAUGGAAAAUUUACCAUAAAUUUGUCAUACAUUUUCAUCUGGGUUUAGCUAUAGUAAGGCUGAAAACAAUCCAUAUGGAUAUGCGGACUCGACCUACAUUGACUCAUAUACCAGUACAGUUUGUCCUGUUCUAUGUUUGCACAUUGUCCUUUUUGGAGCUAAUAGGCACAUGUUUUGCUCUGAUAAGUCAUGUUGGAGUAUUGAUUUUAAUUCUGUAGGAAGUAUGCUCCUAUAUUGAGAGUGCAACCUUGUGAAUAUGUGUCUAGCAAAGUUAAAAAAACAGUUGAUGUCAUUUGACUUACUAGUCACAAUACAAGCUUCAAAUUUACACCUACAUUUUUCAAAGGUAAAAGUCUGAAAUUGCACUCAGUUUUAGUGCAAAGAUCAGCAGCUUUCCUUUUAGAAUCUACACUAUUUAUAGUAGGAGCAGUAUUAGCUCUUCUAGAAGGCACUUUAGCUGGGGCUGGGCUGUUUGUUUAUCUGCUGAUGAAUUACCAAUUUCAUUUAUUUCGUCACUAGUAAUACUAGUACUAGUAUUAUAACUACGAUUCAUCAGAAUCAGUUCUACAUUCGAAAUCAUAAUAUCACCGUCUGAAUGGUCAUCAGAGUAAUAUUUCAACCUUUAUUAGAUUGAUCACCAGAUGGGUCAGGUCAAGAUUUCAUGUUUGUAAACAAAAAUCAAAUGGACAAUCAAAACAACCACUUCAAACACUUAAGUUCAAAGAGAGAAAUACUGGAUGUUUUUCAAAGGGAAAUCUUUCUAGAUUUUAUUUAAAAUAACUAAAAACAAAUAGCUAAGAAAAGAACCGAAAUAAAUAAACAGGUUUUGCCAUCGUCGAUCCGCCAGAAACCUCAUUUAAAAUUGACGAUGGAAGCGUUGAUUGGGAGAGAAAGAGUUAAGUCAUUUGCAUUUUUAAGUAAGAUUUUGGAUUUUAACUGCAGAUCAUCGGCUGUUAAUGACAGUUAUAGGUUUAAAUAAUACUAAUAUUGAUCAGGGGAAAAUCAUUUUUAAAAAUACACCUUUUUAUGUUUUGUUGACAAUAGCAUUUACACUUCUUUUGAGCAAAUGUAAAAUAUUUGUACAAAUUACAUGGAAAUCAUGCUUUGUAGUUGAGUAUCCUAUUUGUUGACAAUAGCAUUUACACUUCUUUUGAGCAAAUGUAAAAUAUUUGUACAAAUUACAGGGAAAUCAUGUUUUGUAGUGGAGUAUCCUAUAUAUAUAUAGAAUUGAUAUAAGUUUUUUCUUAUUGUAAAUAAGGUUAAUAUAUUUUCACUGUUAGAUUUAUAACCCUGUUAAGCCAGUUAUACAAAAUCAUCUUUGUGAGUUUGAUGAAAUUCACAAAAUUUCUUACCUUUACCCUGGAAUUUUACUUAUUUCCAAAUAAGUUUGUAACUUUUAUCAAUGUUAAAAAGUUAUGUUCUUGGUUUUAUAAAUAGAAUGAUAUAUUUUUUUAAAAAUGCACUAUUUAUUAAAUGUAUAAGUCCUUUUUGGGAAUAUAGAUAACCACAUUUAUUACAAAUAAGUAUUGCUAAUAAGCAUCAUCAUUAAAUAAAAUGCAAAACAUAAAGCACAUGCAUCACAUUUUUUAAUUAUAAAGUUAAUCCCUGGAGUAAUCCCAAAAUUUUAAAUGAUUUAUUUCAGAGUUGACCAUGUCUGUCACAAGCACAAUGAUAGUGACAAAUAAAAGUUCUGGAAUGAAUUCUAUGAUGGUGCCUUUAUCCAUGACACCAGCACCUGCACCUCCAAUUAGUGCCUGGACCAAGCCUAUUAACUUUGCAGCUUCUGUUGGGCCUGUUGGUUCCCAGUCCCAACAAGUACCCACUACAUCUCUUUCUACUUCUGCUCAGCACAUUGUGGUCAAUCCAGCAGAUGUGAAGGUGGACAAAGGAGAUCAGCAUGACAGUGGGAUAGAUGUAAGUGACCAGCCAAACUCAGCGGCAUCAUCCACGCGGAGCUCUCCCAGUGCUGAUAACAAGCUCAUCACUUCCACUACCAUCCCACACUCUUCAAGUGUGGAUCCCUCCGCAGCCCCAGUGCUCAAGGUAUAUGAGCGAAUCCAAUUCCCUCAAUUAAAUUUCAACCUUCAGAGCAUAACUGUAUAUUCAUCAACCCAUUUGUUUUUAUUUAUAUCCUCAAAUUUUUUCAGAAUAAUGAAUAAAUCUGAUUUAGUUUUUCAGAUACGUUGGUUUUUGAUCUAUUGUGUAGUGAAAAGAACACUUCAAUUUGGUUAGUUAUAAAAGUGCGAAUUUCAAUGUGUUAAAAUUUUAAAAAAAAAAAAAAAAAAAAAAAUAGAAUAAAUAAUAAUCUUAUUUAGUUUUUCAGAUACGUUGGUUUUUGAUCUAUUGUGUAGGGAAAAGAACACCUCAAUUUGGUUAGUUAUAAAAGUGCGAAUUUCAAUGUGUUAAAAUUUUAAAAAAAAAAAAAAAAAAAAAUGUGUCAUGAAAUAAUCAUAUAGGCAAACUAUGUCAGUGAAUAUUCUUAUAUUUGUUUAAUUAUCAGUUUUUCUACACAUGAUUUCAAAGUGAUUGUUUAGUUCAUAAAAUUUUUAUUUUUUAAUAUUUGCUGAGAUAAUUGCAAGUACCAUUUUUGGGGUUUUGUCCCCACUGCUUCUGUCUCAAAAUAACAGUAUGUUAGAAAAACUAAAGAGCUGUCAAUAGUAUUGAUUUAAAUUGUAUGAUUUUUAAAAUAUCCUUAGGUACAUAUGUUUCACUAAUUUAAAUGCCCUUAACCCUUUACAGUCCAAACCUAUUCAGCCUUGUCUACUCCCAGCGCCCAAGCAAAGGGACAUAACUCCAUUUUAAAUGAAGGUUUUUUAUCUAAUUAAUUUACAGAAAAUAAACUAGAAGCAACAAAAUAAAAUAAAAACUACCUAAAUACAAAGAAAUGAUUAAAGCAAAAGUUAAACCUAAAAAUAGUUUCAGAGACCCUCCCACUCAUGAAAUAGUGAAGCUUCAUUAGGCAUAAGUUCUUUCAAAAGUGUAUCCAAGGCUUAGAUGGCCAUUUUUUACAGCGAAAAAAUCACGACUUUUAAAAAAAUCAUAGAAAAUCAGCCCCUAAACACACCGCGGUCAAACUAGUAUUGAAAUAAAUGCCGACAACGAGGCUUUCUUCCGGUAGAACUAUAAAUAGUAAUGCGCAAUGGAUUUCCGCUGUGCUAAGAACGAAAGUAAACAACCUCGAAACGGGCGGGUUCGGCCGCAUCGGACUGUAGGCUUAAGGAAAAAAUCGGCGUAUUUCGGGCGCAUCGGACUGUAAAGGGUUAAAUUAAUUUUUUUUAUAAUAUAUGUAUAUAGUGCAUGUAAGAGCAUGGUUAUUUGAUAAUUAAAGGAGACUUAAUAAGCGUUAAUAAGCAAAUGACAUUCAUUAAAUCUUUCUCUAAAAAUUUUCCCCUUAAUGUAUAUUUACUCAUUCUGUAUUCAGUUUUCUUGAAGUCAGAAAUAUGUAUCUUAGUGCACAGCCAUUUUAAAAUUAAAUAUUUUAUUUGUAAAAAAAAAGCUUGUCAAUACCAUAAAGUUGAUUCACAUUUGCGAUAUAAGAAUUGGUCUCAACUGGACAUCUGAUUUAGUUUAUUUUAAAAGUAUAAAUAGGAUUUUUGAAAUGUUUAAAUUUGAAUUAUGAUUUACACACAUUUAUAGUGUCUAAAAGACUAAAAUGUAAAAUUAAACUUUUUGUUUGACACUUUUUUUCUAGAAAAGUGAUAGUAUGCCCAUAGAUGUUCUCCAGGGCAUUGAGAUGCCAAAGUCUCAGCGUCCACCUAAGGUGAGAUUUUGCUAGCAAUUACCUAUAAAAAUCUGUUCAAUUUAAAUUAUGUUCUAUUCUUAAAUCUUUCAUGGCAGACAAUAAAAAAUAAUGCUAAAAACAAUGUUUUACAGACAAGUAAAAGUGAAAAGAUGGUAGUCAAGACUGAAGCAAGUGUCAAAGUGAUAAAGAAAGCUGAAAUUAAUCUGAAUAAAGACGUCAGCAACACUAAACCUGAGCCCAUACAGAUGCCACCCAGCUACAAGGACUCAAUGUUUGGGAAAGUAUGCACUUUGAUACCAAAAUUUGUUCAUGAAUCUUAAACCGUGUUAUACCAGCAUUUCCCAAACUUGAAGAUUUAGCGGACUAGUUUCCCAUUGAUUAAGGGGCCGGUGCCAGAUCUAUUAAUUCUAUUUCCUUUUUAUUUGACCAUAAAUGAGUGAUGUUUUGGGGACCAGCAGAGUAAGGAUCGUGGACUUGUGACAGUUAUCAAUGGACAAUAAUUUGGGAAUGCUGUUGUACCACUAAUUAAGUCAUCUGAACAGAGAUUAAAUAUCUUUAAAUAUUAAUUUUAAUGUAAAAAUUUCAUUUUAAAAAAAAAAAACGUCCAAUAACUUUUAAAAAUCAAAAUGAAAACUUAUUUUGAAAUUUUUACCACAAAACUAUGUACUAUGAAAAUUUUAUGCAUACCUUCUAUUUCCAAGGGAUCUACAGAACAGUAAGACAUACAUUUAUUCAAAACAUUAAGCAAGGCAACUAUCAAUUUCUACUCUAUAAAAAAAAUUUGCACAUAGGUAUGAAAUGAAAUUGAUCUUGGUAUUUUAUUUUCUUAAAGCAAAUUUCUUUUUUAAUAUAUACUCUAAUACAAAAAUUUAAUUUACUUCUUCAAUCUAGGGAGAUGAGUCUAGCCUUCAGCUGGAUUUCCGUUAUGACGAGAACCUUGCAAAUAGUUUAACAAUGCCAGAACAACCUAAUGUGACUGAAAAGGUUGAACCUUCUGUACAUAAAGAUAAAAGGAAUCUCUCUGCACCUGUUGCUGGCUCACCAUCCAUCGUGUCACCUACUUCCCCUGCAACAGAAGAUUUGAGCUCUAAAAUUGCCUCGGUGAAAAACUUCUGGGAUCCUUUGCCACAAGCUUUUGAACACAAGUAUGUUAAGAAAUUUUAAGCAUUUUUUUUUUGUUUGAUCAUCUUCUUAUAGGAACCAACAAAACCAAAAAUAUGUAGAUUUUUCUCUGGCACAUGGGCCUAAUUUUAAAACAAAUAAAUUUAAAAAAAAACUUUUCUUUUUACUGAAAGUGAUGUGAGAUUUAUCAUACAGACAGCUAUUUUUUGGUCAAUACAUAACCAUUUCUAAUUUGCUGUUCCUAAGUGAAAUAACCAUUUCAAAAAUGUUAUUUCCCUAUAGGACAAGCAUGGCUACAAGUAACACCACUAUUACAAAUGAUGCCAUGGCCCCAACUAUAAGUGGAAAUAAUACUAAUGCCAACAACGUCAGUGGAACUUCAACUUCUAACAACUCUGUUUUCUCCAACUAUGGUCAUGAAGUAGUUGCAAACACUGUUAGUGUAAGUGUAGGAGGAAUCAACAGUGAACCUCAGCUUGAAGAGAAUCCAAAGAAUGUGACAUCUAGCACUGUUGUGCCUGUGGCUCCAGCACCAAGACACUCCCCAGUGAUUCAGCACCUUCACUCACCUCACCCUCCUGAAACAGUUAUGAUCAGUGAUGUUGAAAUGUCGCAGUCUGGCAUGAUGAUUGGCGGCCAUGAAAAUAAAAGCAUCUCCAUUGAACCAACAAAUGUUUGCAAGGUAUGUUUAGUACAUUUAUUGGUUUUACAUUUUUAAGUUUAUUGUAAAAAAGAUUUCAAUAAAUUUUUUGUAUUCAUUUCCAUAUUAUAAAUUGUAUUAUUUUUCCCUGGUUUGGGAGGGUGCUUUGGGGAGGAGGGGGGUAAUAAAUUAGUGUAUUUUAAUGGUUAUUAAAACUUACAGGUGCGUCCUCAGCAGCUCCAGAUGGGACUUGGAAAUGAUCCCAUGUCAAUGUCCAUGUUGUCCUCUGGAAUGUCAGGAACAAUUCCUACUGUAGCUAGUCCACCAAUGGUUCUCACUGGACAUGGUUACCCAGCUUUCCAAAUAGGAUCUCAAUUUAUGGCACAGGAACGAGUAAGUUUUUUUGCUUUGCUAAAAGGGAUUAGGGCGUUGUUUUAUUAUUUUUUUUUUUAUACUGUCCCUAAAAGUGGAAUAGUUAAUUGUGAAGUGUACUUUUUCAUCAGGUUAAACAAUCUUUUUAACAAGAGUUCAAACGAAAACUUGCUCGGUUGACUAUUAGCUAUUAAUUAGGAUGCUAAUAUAGUGCGUUACAUGUUUAGUCAUGUUUUGUCACUCAACUUUAGUAGAUGGAUGAUUACACAUUACUGCCGUUAUUGUUUGUGGGCUAUAACUAUUGGUGUAAUAAAUCUGCAGUGUAAAAGCAGGUGGGACAUUAGAAUAUUAAUAUAGUUCAGGGACGAUGGCGUAUGGGAAGGUAGCACUAAUGGAAAUAUAAAGUGUUUUUGUCAAGUAGAUGAGAAGAUCGUGCAUUGCAGCCGGCAUGGAUGGGCGAGCUAUAGCUAAUAAAUAUUCAUAUUAUUAUUAUGGUGGUGGCGGUUAGGAAUUUUAGGAUGAUACAGUGCUAAAAAUUUAAAACCCGUUAUCUCAAAAUUCUGAUUUUUACAGAUAAUCUAUCAAGGUCUCACAAAAAGUGGGGGGGAAAAAAGGAAUUUUCACUUUAGUAUCAAUUUUUAAGCUUGUUCAAAUCCCUUUUAAACCAUAUAUAAAAAUCCAAAUGUUUAUAACAAACCCAUUUGUGAGAAUGGGUAAUUUAUUAAAAAGUGCAACAACAAAAUGUAACUUGCUCCAUUUAUGGCUUGUUCAAUCAUUCCAAACCAAGUACCAAUGAAAAGGGAGAAGUUGAACAAGGUUAUCUGCCACUCUAACAAUGUAGUUUUUAAAGGUCUUUCCUUUUUUUUUUUUUUUUUUUUUUUUUUAAAACAUUAGCAGGCCAUAAUUGCCAAGUAAGAUUGCCACAGCCAUAAACUUUUAAAAACUUGAACUGGUUAAAUAUAAACAGUAAGCUGAAUGUAAAUUUGAUCAAAUAAAACUAUAUCAGAUAGUUGAAUGUGAGUGUUUACAAUAAUUAUUCUCUUAGGUUUGUGCAUGUUCCAUAAUGGUUCAUUGAUAUAGGUUUAACUAAUUUUAAUUUUAUUCUUCUUUUAAUUUUACAGUACCAUCAACCUAGUUUUGGUUUUAGCUUGUCACAAGCUCAGCAAACAGCAUCUAUGGGUCCACAGCAGCAGGCACAAGGUCCAAUGGGUGCGCAGCAGACAUACAAUCAACCCAAUGUUUUUGUUCCGACUACACCAACACAGCAAGAAUAUCUGUCUGCAUCACAUCUAGGUUUCCCUCAGCGCAGUCAUGGAUUUGGACAGGCAGCAGCUGCUGCAGCCGCACCACCUCCAUCACAGCAAAGCACCAUUAUGGUGUCAUCAUCUACUUCUGCUCUCAUGUCAACAAAUAUAAAAGCCCCCAAUCCAUCACAUGCAUCUGCUCAAUCUUCUGUCUUUAGUGCAGGUAAGUGUGUUAAUGAAGGCUGUCUUUUUUUUUGGUAACUUUAAUACAAAUAACUGUUUUUACAUCUGACUUUUGUGUGGUGUACUGUUACUUAAUAUAAUGGAUUAAAAUGGAAACCAAGGUACCAUAGAGUCAAAAUUUGAACAUAUAAUUUCAAAAACAAAUUACCAGUUGCCACAGCAAAGUUAUUUGGGUUACUUAGAGCAAUGCUAAUUUUUAGUAUUGGUAAUUUAACAACCCCACAGUUCCUAUUAACAAUGAUUUAUGCGGGCUAACCAAAAAUGCUCAGAAAUCUAAUUUGAUUAACUGCAUGUAACAGUAUGACUUUGUACAUGCUGAUUUGAUGUUGGGUGAAGGGUGUCAGAUGUAGGAGUGUAACUUUGGGUUCCCAGCAAGAGGUCAUGUGUGAUUUUUCUCUCUGAUGAACUAUGAAAUAAGUGGGAUAUAUCUAGAUCCUAUUCAAAAUGAUGGUAUGAUUUACCUUGUGAAAUAUUUGUUCAAGAAAAAAAGUGUAGCAAACCGAAAAUUGGACCUUUAAUAUUUUAUAAUGUGACUGACAUACAUGAGUUAUAAGUACAUAAAAUUAACUGAAGUAACAGUGACGUUUACAAUUUUCAAGGUUGCAAGGCUACCUGAUGAUUUAAGACAACACUGGAUUGACCAUUAACAUUGUUUCAAUGAUGUCAGAAGAAUUUCUUACCAGAUGAUUCACAGUGCAUUAAACAUAUUUGCGAAUAUAAUUUGUUUGCGUGCACCAUCCUCCCCCCUAAGAAUUUACUGAAAUUGCCCAAAUAGACAGUUUUACCAAAUCAAAGGCAAAGUUACUGUUAAUUAAUUUGAAGGGGGGAAAAAAAGGAAGAAUGAAGUAAAUAAAAAAAACAAUGUUACCAUUUAUUUGUAAUUGGGAUACAAGUAAUUGUUCUCUAGUUAAAGCUUUAUUUUAAUGUAUUUUUAAUCUCAUUUUUUUUCAGAUUUUCAGUUUGCUGAGCCCAUGGGUAAAGCUCUUGGCCAGGGUCAAAUUUCCUAUGGUGGAAGCUUAGGUAGUUCUUCACUACCUGGAGCACCAUCUCAGCAACUCUUUUUUUAUGAUCCUAACCCCCCUUUAGGGCAGUUGUUUCAGCCCAGCCAGAACAUGAGCAGUUCCCAAAUUAUUGGCUCUCAGCUUGUGCAGGCGAGGUAAUGGCUUAUUAUUUAAAAUGUUAGUGAUCCAACUUCAAUAAUUUGUCUAUCUUUAACCCUUUUUGAGCUGUGUCUAUGAAGUUCAACUUUGAUGAACUUUUUAUAUUAUUAAUUUGUUCAAUUUUCUGCUUCAAUGCAUCAACUAAAACAUUUAAUUUUGUUGCAGAACUCAGGUUCAGCCCUCCUCAUCUUUUUUACAACAAGCUCAAGCAGCUAGUUUUUAUCCUGCACAACAACCAAGCUCGGCUUUUCAAGUUGGGGUAAGUUUGUUGUUUUAACUUCAUCAUAAUUGUGAAUUAUCAGUCCUGCAACUAUUAAUUUUCAUUUUUUUAUGUUUUUAAGCUAAAAUUAAGAUUUCAUUUCUGCAAAUAUUUUUAUUUUUGUUUUUGUUUAUGAUGGAUUUCAAUGAAAAUGGGAAAAACUGAGUUUAAUGUUUGAAAUGUAUUGUAAUUAACUCUUUCUCUCCGGAAUUAUUUUCCACGUUCUGUGGAUUUAUCAAAUUUUGCAUAUUUGUUAGGCACUACUAUGCUAUCUUUAAACAUCAUAACUUUAUUUUUUUUCAUCAGAAAACGUUAAGUUUGGUAUGGAAUUAAAGGGGAAUGUAUGCCCAUUACAAGCAAACAAGACUUAGGUUUAAAUUGUAAUAUAUAAAUGUGAUUAUCAUUUCAGGAAGAAAAAAAAAUUAAAAACUUACAAACUGUUCACAAAAUGCUCAUUCCAAGUCACAUGAAGAGAAAUAUAUAAUCCAAAGUGUAACAAAAAUGUCUUUUUUCUGAACUAUUUCCAUAUGUCCAUCACAAAUAAUAAAGAUCAACUGGAGAAAAAAAAAGAAAAAAUUAAGCACCAGAGCACGCUAUCCAUUCGCUAUCCAUUGUCAUCGUCACACAAAAAAUGUGCGAAAAAAAAUUAACUAUUUCCACUUGAAACAAUUUGUUGCUAUUAUAAAAAAUAUUUGCACUGUAUUCUUGUAUGCACUAACAUUUAUUAUGGUAAAUGGAUAAUUUACCAUAAAUUUGACAUAUCUUUUCAUCUGGGUUUAGCUAUGGUAGGCCUAAAAAGCAAUCCAUAUGAAUAUGCACUUUAGCUGGGGGCGGGGCUGUUUGUUCAUCAGCCAAUUUCAUUAUUUCGUCACUAGGACUACUAGUACUAGGAUUAUAAUCAUAUGAUUCAACUGAAUCAGCCUCUGCAUUUGAAAUCAUAAAAUCACUGUCUUAAUCAUCAGCACAGAAAUAUUUUCAACCUUUAUUAGAUCGAUCACCAGAUUUGGUCAGGUCAAGAUUUCAUGUUUGUAAACAAAAAUAAAAUGGACAAUCAAAACAACCGCUUCAAACACUUUGUUCUCUGUUAAACCUCGUUCAAACACAGAAAAAACUGACGUUUAAACAAAGGGAAAUCAUUCUAGAAUUGAUUUUAAAUAAUUAAAAACCAAUACCUAAGGAAAGAACUGAAAUAAACAAGUUUUUAUACAUUGACGCUCCCAUCGUCAAUACGCAAAAAUCUUCAUUUCGAUAUGAAAUGAAGAUUUUUGCGUAUUGACGAUGGGAGCGUUGUUCUGGAAAGAAAGAGUAAGGUUGGGUGUUUUAUUUAUAUAUAUAUAUAUAUAUAUAUAUAUAUAUAUAUAUAUAUAUAUAUAUAAUUAUAUAUAUAUCAAUACACAAAAAUAUAUAUUUCGAUAUGAAAUGAAGAUUUUUGCGUAUUGACGAUGGGAGCGUUGUUCUGGAAAGAAAGAGUAAGGUUGUGUGUUUUAUAUAUAUAUAUAUAUAUAUAUAUAUAUAUAUAUAUAUAUAUAUAUAUAUAAUUAAAUAUGUAUUGAGUGGCUUUUUAGGAGUAGAAAAAACUUCAAAACAUUUUAUUUAAAAUUUAUUAUGCUCAUAACCCAGAUAUUUCCAAAUUCAAAAUAUUAUGGUACUGACAAAAAUAAAUUUUGAAAAAAUAAUAUAAAGUGUAUGGAAAAUCUGAGUGUUUCCAAUGUUAAAUCAGCAUGUAUUAAGAAGCCUAUUUAGCCAGUAGAAACUUAAACAGUGGAUCAUCUUUGCUAUAUGGUAUUUUUGUACGAUCCAAACCGAAACAAAAUAUUUUUUAUUAUAGUAGUAUUAAUACUUCGUUUCAAACCAUAAUCUCACAAUUAAAGCUUAAUGUAAAAAAAAUAGUUUUUGUAAGAAAAAUAAUUCUGUUUUAUGAACUAGCAUGAGAUUUAAAUUUAACUAUAAUAAUAAAUAUAUAUUUUGUGUCCAUUCUGCUCAGUUCACAAGAUUUUUUUUUUUGGACAAAAAUUAUGAGAAUUUGAUCAAAUAUCAAGUUGAAACUUGUGACAAGGCUUCACACAAAAAUCGCAUCAAAUGUAUGAUCGAAAAUUAGAAAGCGUGAACUGAACAUAUGUGGUACAAAUACUACAAUUUAUUAGCCAUUUCUAAUACUUAUUUUAAUGCCAUUGCUAAUACUUCUUUUUCUUUACUCCUUCCCCCCUUAGGGCCCUAUCCAACCACCAUCAGCUGCUCACCAAUAUUCAAUGCAAGCAUUCAGUAGUCAGACUCAUGGUCUAGGUCUGACCUUACAGCCUUCAACCCUUGACCAAGGCCCUGCUGGACCCACAGCUAUGAACCUUCACCAAUCAUUGAGCCAUGGUAUUCCACAACAGGUACCACAGCACACUAUGACUGCAAACAAAGGGUCUCCUUUUGGAAACAUUGUGAGCGGCCAACAACAGGCUAAUCAACAGCUGAGCCAUACACCUCAUCUUGCCCAGUCAUCACAGCACCUGGGACAUACUGGGCUCUCCCAACAAAGCCAACAACAUAUUGUGUCAAGGAGUAAUCAGGUUAGUAUGGACUUAGCUAUUCAGUCCAGAUAAGUAAGGAUUUUGCUUUAAGAACAAGAUUUCAAAUGGGCAUCUCUAAAACCUUUUUUUUUUAUGCCUGCAGAUAAAGUCACCGCCUCAUAGUCAGCAGAGUAACAGUUAUGUGAGUAAUGUACCUAACUACAGCCAAGGACAGAUAUUGUCUAACAAGCAAUUUGGAGGAAGCAGCUCAAGUAGUAGUAGUAUGCCUCACAACAUGAACAGUCAUCUCAACUCUGUAAACAUCAAUAGCCACAGCAACAAUAGCAUGAUGAUGAAUACCACGGGUGCUCCUAAUGUUAACAUGGCCGUGUCCAACCAUGGUAUGAGCAAUAGCAGCAAAGGCUCUAGUUCUAAUGCAGCUGGAAUACCAGUCAGUGGGAUGGACAUGGGUGGCAACAGUAAUACCACUCGCAAUAGUCAAAAUAUAACUAUGGGUGCACCCCCACCAACACAACCACCCAGUACAAGCUCUAGGAGCUCAACAACUUCAAGAUAUUUAAAUCCGAAUGCUCCAAACUUUCCAGCUACCAAUAAAUAUGGUGGCAAUUCUGGCAUUAGUGGCACUGGGAACAGUGGCUCGCAGUCUUAUAUGCCACCACAACAGCCUCCUCCAAGUCAGCCUCCCACAACAGGUAAAUUUUAUGUACCUAUUGCAUCUGUAUGUAGUUUAACUUGAACGUUUAAUGAAAUACUAUAUGCCAUUUCAAAUAGUUAUAAUUUCUAUUGUUUGUUAAAAUUGGGUCUUGACAGGUACUGUUCAUUUUACUGCCUUUGUUAGUAUUGCAUUAUUUCAUCCAAAUUUUACUGGCCUAGACUUUAUUUUACAUAACAAAAACUCUAAUAACUUUUAUAUUCUCUAAAAUCAAAGAAUAAUGUCUUGUGUCCGAAAAACUUAUUUAUAAAAUAGAAAGGACCCCAUCAUUCAGUGUGGGUUUACGUUAAAAACAAAAGAAAGAGUAGCACUAUUCCUCUGUAGAGAGCAAGAUUGUUCUAAGUGUCAAAUCUAAAGUUGUCAUAAAUUUACAUUUAUCUAGUGAGCAUUUUUUCCCCCCCACAAGCACUGUUUUUAACUUAGCAAAACUACCAUGUGGACUAUUGCAGACCUUUUUACUCUUACGAUUUUGAGGUGUAUACAUCAUAUACUGUCUGAUUAUUUUUUUACUAUAACUAUAAGGUAUUGAACAAUUUUUGUGAUGAUAUUGUACGAUUUUAAGAGUUUGGGGGUAAACAUGUCUGCUAUUGUGCACUUAAUAUUGUACUUAUAAGAGGUUAGAAUUCCAUUAUUUAGACCAUAUAAUUAAUUGUCAAAGAAUAUCUCUACUUGUAUGGGUCUCCAUAUUUAUUUUUGAUUAGUUUGAUUAGUUUGAGUUUUUGAGUGAUACAUUUUAAAGUUACUUAAAAAAUGUUUGCACCACAGCAUGUUUGCUAUUGGACAACUUAAAGGUUAAUAUGAGCUAUAGCCUUAUCAGUGAUUACAUGAUGUGGGAGAGCAUCAAUAUGCUAACUAAUUAAGACCAUGACCUAAUACUCCUAUGGACAGGUUGUGUUACGAAGUUUGUGCUUAUUUAAAUAAAUGCUGUUUUUUGGUUCAUUGUAUGGGUAAUUAACGUUAUAUCUGGGUCAGCUGAUUAAUGUUAUAAAUUAGUUAAGAAAGAGAUAGUUCCAAUAGAUGGGUGGCGCUAAUAAUAAAAUAAAAGGUCACUUUUUCUUAUCAAGCCUUUAUUCUGAACUAUAUGGAUGAUCCCAGAUGUUGUUAGAUUUACACAUAAGUGAUGAAGUUGCUCAUCUAGUUAUGUAAAAUGACAUUUUAAUCACAGCAAAUUCAGAUAUUUAUACUUAAACUAAACAAAAUGUGUAAACAACUUCUUUGGUAUCAACUGUUUUACAAAAAAAAAACUUUAAAAAAUGUCCUUAGUUUAAAAUGUAUAUAAUAUAUAAACCUUUAAGUUUUUUGUUCACCUUUCUACAGGUAAUAACCAAGUAAGACCACCCAUAAUAAUGGGAGGUAUGGUGAGAUCCAAUGCUCCACAAGUUUCUGCAAAUAAUAGGGGAUCUUUUCCUAAUCCUAUUCAGAGACCAGGUGGAACUUCGCUCUCAAUGCCCCCAAGCAUGCAGCCUUUUAACAAUGGACCGGCCAACAAAGGUGGAAACCCCAAUCCAUCUGUUAACAACUCUAACCCAAAUCCUCUUAAUCUAAAUCCGAUGACGAUGGGCAAUAAUGCCCUAAUUAGCAGUAUUCUUAUUAAUGCUGCAAAAUCUGUCAUUACUCAGCAAAUGAGCUUGCAAAACAAUGCAAGUGCCUCAAAUCAUUAUGCUAUGAAAGGCUCUUCAUCGGGUCCGAGCUCUUACAUGGGGGGCCCCAACAAUGCCCCCCCUAGAUCUCAUACAUCUGGAAAUAAAGUAUCUGGUGGUUCUCCGGGCAUGAACCAGAAAAUAGGAAACUCUGGACCUCAGACCAGUUCAACACCACCAAGCAGCUCAUCAAAACCUCCUGGCUCCUAUCCUGACCCCAUCAAUAGUAUCAAGGCUCAGCAGGCCAAGCAGCGGCAAGAAGUUCUUACACAUGCUGCAAACUUCCUCAACAACACUAAAACCACUUCGACAAAAGAAACUAGUGCAAAAACUAUCACUUCAACAUCAAAUGCCACCACGGGCAGUAAGUCCGAGGAUAAAAAGCCUGCACUAGCCAUGGUGUCCAAUCCUGGUUUGGUUGGCACAAGUGUCAAAAUCAACCUCAGUGCUAGUAGUAAUACAAGAGCUCCUGCCAUCCCAGUAACUGCUGUAGCAACAGUACCCGGUACCGAUAACACCACUGGAAAGAAAAUUACGACUGCUGCAACUAUGACUACCACCCCCACUACUACAACUGCUAUAGCUUCCUCUGUUAGUCCAGAAAAUGAUGGAAAAUCCACAACUAAUACAGAAGAGAAGUAGUUUUAAAACCUAGGGAAAGAUUUAAAUAUUGACAAAUAUAUUUACUCAAUUUCACAACCCAAAAAAAAAGCAUUUCACUUUUUGAAGCAAGUAUUUGCAACAAACUAUAUAAAAAACAUGAUACUUAUCUUUGAAUAUUAUACAUUUCCUUCCUUUUUAAAGAUGAUUUAAACUUCAGAUUUAUACUUGGUAUUUUAAAUAUGGCUUAAUAAAGUAAAUAUUACUAAAGGUAGUGAUAGGUAAUGUUACAGAAACAUUAUUUCUGGACUUAAAAGCAUCUACUUUCUGUUGUAUUAAAACCAGGAUCCAACUACAAUCCCAACUUUGACUACCUAAACCCCAUGCAGAGACACAUAUUUUUGCCCUUUUAGAAGAGCGUUGAUUUGUAUCUGCCAGUACAACUAUCAUAAUUGUAGGGCAUUUUGGUGUGUUUCUUUGCAGAGUGCACUUUUAAUAUCCUUAAUAAGUGUUCUGGACAUUUGGUAUCCAUUGACAGUUCAUGACAUUUUAUUAAAUAACAGGACAAUUAUUGCCAUGAGAAGGUAUACCAGUUAACAGGAUCAAGCAGUGUAAUUCAUAGUGAACCAGCAAGCUGUACAGUGUGUGGUUUCAUAAACAACUUUGAGAACAAACAAUGCUUGUAUACAUUGGGUAAAUGGUUAUGGACAUAGUGUGCAUAAUUUUGGAAAUUGUAUAGUAGUAAUUGAUUGUACAUGAAAGCGUGUCAUUUUUUUAAAAUUGUCAUUUUUAGUGCUAUGAAUCCUGAGUUUUCCUUUCCUACUGGGCCCAGCCUAGUUACAAGCUCAACAGCAAUUUUUUUACUUUAUAAAUGAUUGGAAUGCUUUAAAGUUUGAUUUGAUACCCGUAAUAACAUUUUUAACUGAUUAUUUUAAAAACAUGUUGCAUUAUGUUCUUUAAAAAAAGUUAAAAGUGUGGAUUUUUUUUUUUAAGUUAGUAGUAGGAAGGAAGCUGUUUCAAACUGUUUGAUAUGUAUCAAAAUUUUAAGCAUAAUAUUUCCAUUAAACAAAUAAGAUCUGAAUUGUUGCAAUAGUAGCAAGCGAUGUAAAAGACUUAGCUCCAUUUGUUAGGAAGAGGAACAGUUCAAAAUUGGGAGACUAAAAAUUCUCCUACACAUUGAUAUAAUUAUGUGCAAUUUUGGAAUUGUAAAAAAAUGCCAGUUAUUGGUGCCCAUGUACUUGUGAUGUUGAAAAUAAUGUUAUAUCCAUUUGUUUGUUCUCUAAGGAAACCUACCAUUCUGUUUUAUGUUCUUGGUCAGGACUGCACUACUUGUGUAGUGCUUAUGUUCUGCUCAUAACAGUUCACUGACUGCUUUAACUGGUAACAGGACAAACAGCUUUUGUCCCUGUUUUUUGUAUAACAAUUAUACAAAUGAAUGCUGCUUCUGCUAUUCUACAUAUACUACAUAUAUAUGUAUGAGGACAUGACAGAUUGAAAGGCAUUUGAUUCUCUUUUUGGCACAAAAGAAUUCAGACCUGCCAAUUCAUAUGAAUCUUAAAAAAUGUAUUUGCAGAUAUUUUAUAUUGGUAAGCUACCAUAAGGUUAGAAAUUGCAUUAGUGUCAAGGCUUCUUGAAGGAUUCUGAUAAAUCCAAGGCCAUGAACUAUUGUAACUCAACUAGGAGACAAAACUCUUAAAUAAUAACUUGACUAAGUCAUUGGACUAGUUUAAAUUAUUAAAACAGCCCUCAAAUAAUCAGUGAAAAACAGACACAUAAGAAAAGCAAUUUUAGUUGUGGCACACCUGUGCCCAUGAAACUAGAGAAAGCUGUCAAAUGAGAAAUUCCUCUUGUAAUUUUGCGGGUGAUGAUGACCCCCGCUAGGUUUGCAGGGUAUUGGAUAUCCCCCCUAUCUAUGCCCUGCAUAUAUAAAGCCCACCCCCUAAAUCCCUGUUAAUGGGUGGCCAUAUGGCCUAUGGAGUGUGUGUUUGCACAGUGUUAUGUUCCCCCACAUAUCAGUGCAGCACUUUGCUCCACCUCGCCUGGGUUUUUUUUUUUACACUUAUUUAUUUACUUUUUUGUACCUGUGUAUGUUUGUGUAUGUGUGUGUCAUGUUCAUUUCUGUGUAGAUUAAAGUCAUGCUGUCUUGAGUUGACAUCACUCUAUCAACAGCCUUUAGUAAACCUUUUUUAAAAAAAUACUAUUUUCUCCAACAACAGAGUUGUAACAUUGAAAGGACUUGGGCUGAGAGAAACUAGGAACCAUCACCUUUAUUACUAUAAAAUAAUAUACAGCCAUGGUUUAAAAACACACUUUUUUUAGAACCUUCUUAAACUUAAGUUUGGGUUAUUUAUUGAGCUAAUUAAAAGCUUGCAAAGAAUGGAUUCCAUGUCCUUGUGAAGUUUGUCACUUUGUAUCUCCACAAUUUUUGUGUGUAUGAAGUCAGAUGGAUGUUUCUGGGUUGUCUUUGACAAUAAAGCCAGUAAACUUGACUUUCUCUCAUCCCUUGUGCCUUUGUUUGAUUUUGGUUGCCAGCUCUCAGUACACUCAAAACACCUUUUCUUGAAAGGUCAAUUCUACAAAAUGUACCAGAGACUUUGCAAUGUUUAUUUGUGUAUUGUUUUGCUGCUACAAUGAUGAGUCGAGCAGCAAUGCAUUAAAAUUUAUUCAACAUUUGAGUAUACACUCUCGUUUUCAUUUUAUAUUUUGUGUCUUUUGCUGCAAUAAAUGUUACCAUGACCUACACUGAUAGCAGAAUUAGCA